UCCCACCACCCGCGCGCGCAGAGGCGCGCGCCGCCCGUGCUCUUUCCCCUCCCCGGCCUGCGCCUCCCUCAUCCAAUGAGCGGCGCUGUUGCUGGCAGGUGCGGAGUGUUUUUGUUUUGGGUAGAAGGAGAAGAAGUAGUAGUUGUAGUUGACGAAGGCCGAACUCUCUCUCUCUCGCUCGCUUUCUCUUUGCUCCCCCCUCCCUUCUGGAGUGGGCCUAGUCGGCGGAGGGGGCUCCGGCCGGCCGAAACCCCCCUCCCUCAACCGCACCCGCUGAGGAGCCUUAACGCCGCCCGGGCCCUCGCCGCUGGUCUAGGGAGGCAGACGGGCGACGACGGGCUUUCCGCCUCCUACCUCCCCGGCUGCUGCGCCUCCUUCAGCCCCGCAGCGCGAAGGGAGGCCGCGGGGCUGAGCGGGCGGCCGCUGCUGACGCCGCCGUUCAGGAGCCGGGGGGGCCAGGCCUGGCUCGGCCUGGCCUGCUCUCACCCGAGCCGACCCCCGCAGGGCCUUCACCAUGAGGAGGGAAAUGAACGGAGUCACCAAGAGCCGGUUUGAGGUGAGCGGAGGGAGCAUCGGCUGGGCCUUCCCAAAGUUUUCCGGGGUGGGGAGGGGGAAGGUGGUGGUGCAGGGCUGGUUUGUUCGGUUAUGAAUGGGGCAGUGGGGAGGGGGGCGCUAGAUUUCGUCGAAGGAGAUUUCCCUUCCCCUAUUCUCGUUUCUCCCUCCUCCCCUCAAAAGAAAGGGGGGACCCCAGAUCUGGAGGGGCGAUAAAGCGGUGGCCGAAGAGAUGGGGCGGUGUUUGUGUGUCCCCUGGGAGGGUUUUAAAUGGGGGAAGGGAGGCGACUAGAUGAGGCUGAAGGAAAUUCCCUUUCCUCGCCUGCCAGACACUAGAGAGGAAAACUGGCCGCGGAAGGAGACAAGUUCCCCUAAGUGGGGUGGGGGUGGGGGUGGGAGGGCUGCCUGUCGUGAUUACAAUGAGGGAGAUUACAUGUCCAAGUGUAAGGUGGUUUCUUCUCCCGUCGACGUGAGGGCAUUUCUCUGGAGGAGAUCCUUUCCCUCGAACAAAACUGGGAAAGGUGUAUAUAGUCGCCUUUGAAUAGGUAAGCCUGUAGAGAGGCAAAUAAGAGGGAAACACUGUGUAUAUUGGGUGGGGUGGAGUCAGUCGUGAUAGGUUACGCAGAUGGAAGGGUUCCCUCGCCCCGCCCGUGCCAUUCUGUGGGAUAUCGCUUGUGGGAAGGAUGUGCACUAGAGAGGAAAGGAAAUAUUACGUUAGGAAGUCUGGGGUGUGUGCUUAGUGGCACCACGGUACAUGUAGGGAAGUUGGGCGAGGAGGUUCGUUAACAGAGUUUGGGAUCCCACCCACUUCCACUGGGAGUGGGGCAGGAUGGGUGGAGAAUGAGCUUGAAGAGGAAGGGGAGGAGCCUAAGCACACUGUGGGAGCGGCAGUGAAAGUCCCAGGAUUGGGGCUGCCUUGAUUAUAUACACAGUUGAGGAACAUGGACAUUAAUGCAUUAUUAUUAUUUUGGGUGUGGGGUGAAAUUAACCAGAACUUGAAGAGCAGACUGUGAGGUGGGGCAGGGUCUGACCUGAAAAUGCUAUUCUUCAGGUGUUUAGGGAUGGGGAUGAAUUGGCAGGUUGUAGCCAGAAGAAAUUUAGUUAUGAGAAAGUAUGUGUUUGGAGCAGUGGUAGAGAUAAUGGAAGAAGGUUGCAGAGCUGCUGUAGAAGUGUGCUGGGACUAGAUUAGAAUUGGGAGAGAAACAAGUUGUAGGCAUGUGGAGGCUCCUGAACAGUGUUAAGGCAGGCACACUUUACCCACAUAAUUUAUGCCCUACCAAUGAAGGGAAGGGUUGUGUGUGUGUGUGUGUGUGUGUAAACAGAUUCCCAGGGCUGUUUAAAAGAUGGCAUAUUACAGAUAUCCUCAGUCUCCUGUGAAGGUUCUUGAGGGUUGGAAGGUACUGUUAGGAUUCUAGCUUUGUUCAGAAACUGCUAGAAGGGGAUGGCACUUUUCAAUUACUUGUCCAACUAAUUUUCAGUUUAUCCUCAAGUGCAUCCUAAGUGCACUCUUAUACACAGGCUGCUGUUGCUGAAGAUAUAGGCAAUCCACAGGAAGCAUAGCAGUGGAAAAUUCAACAGCUUUAAUGUUCUGUCUAGAUAACCUUUACUUGGUAUAUGUAAAGAAAAUAAAAGCUGCAGUUCCUAGGUAGUGGCAGGAAAGGGUCUCAUCAGGAGGCUAGCUAACCUGGCUAGGGAGAAAAGUCAUCUUCUCCCAGUUUAUGUCCCACUUAAGUGGGGGAGAUAAAACAGGAGAAAGGUGUAGGGAUUAGAGGAGGGUGAUACUUCAGAAUAGUGGGAGAUUCUCUGGAGUAUUUGUGGACUUCAUGUCACUGGGUGGUGGGGUGGGGAGGGAAUCAUGCAAGGACAGAAGCAUGAAAUGGAGAGGGUAGGGCCAGGGAACCAGUCUUAAUGCUGCUGGCAUGACCAGUUUUGUGCUGUUUGUUUAUGGCUACUAAGGGCCUAAUUAAUAUAUAGACAAAGGGGAUCCUGGUCUGGAAAAGGAAGGUGGGCAGCUGGGGGGGGGGAGGAAGGACAUGCAAGAAAGGAGGAGCAUAGUGUUCCAGGAUGUGGAAUACAUACCGUAUUUUUCGCUCUAUAAGACGCACCAGACCACAAGACGCACCUAGUUUUUGGAGGAGGAAAACAAGAGAGAAAAAAUUCUGAAUCUCAGAAGUCAGAACAGCAAGAGGGAUCGCUACACAGUGAAAGCAGCAAUCCCUCUUGCUAUUCUGGCUUCUGGGAUAGCUACGCAGCCUGCAUUCACUCCAUAAGACGCACACAUAUUUCUCCUUACUUUUUAGGAGGGAAAAAGUGAGUCUUAUAGAGCAAAAAAUACGGUAGUCUAUUUCUGUGUGUUUGUAAAAGAGCAAAAUUUGAGGGUUUAAAGUAAAAUGUAAAUAGGUAUAUCUGUCCAUGUGCGGCUAAAGUUCAUCGAAUUGUAUGCUGACAAAAUGAGUAUUGGUCAUAUCAGCUUAGCAAAUGACAGCUGUAUAUUAAUCACAACUGUUUUCAGACGCUGACCAGUGGUCAGGGAGGUAUGCACAUGAGCACACACAUGUACUUUGACAUAUGGCAAAUACAGUGGGUUUAGAGUAAGGGAGAUCCUGUAGCGUUGAUGCUUUGGUGUAUUUUGAAGUAACAAAUGUGAAUGUGGUUAAAGGGCAUUGUGGAGCCUGUAGCUCUUUGACAGGAUGGAUGACUGGUUUGCAAUGUGUGGUGCUGACCCUGUGUGUUUGUGGACAUUAUGCAAAACAGAUUGCUAAAUAGCUUUAAAGGAAACAUGACUGGUGGUUGGUGCAUGUGUUUAAUAUCAGAAUAGAUAAAUGUGGUACAGCCCAGGACUACUGUUGCUUUACUAUUCUGAAAUUGAAAAGGAGAAUCCUGAAGGAUGAAGAUGCUGUAGAAAGUGCAAACAGGGCAAGCAAAGGGUAAACAAUGAACUAUUCAGGAAAACAUGGCACAUAAUUGACAUGAUCUGGCAUCACACAAAAGCACCCUAUCUAGCCAGAGAUUCAUCCAGUUCUUUGUGUAACAGCUGUCCCUCCCCCCCCCUUCCUGAAUUGAUAGCCACAGUGCGGAGGAGGCAGCAUCGUUGACACAAAUAAGAGCAAUAAGAUGGUUCAAGUCUCUCUUUGUGGGGAUUUCAUGAGGGAGGAAAAUAAAGUGCCCAAGUGUAAUCUUUCAACAGUGUGACCAAGGAAUAACUUGAAUACAGGGAGGAGACUAGCUCAGCUCAGAAGGAACUUCUGCUUUGGGCACAGCUACUUCUUUACUUUCUGGUCCAGAAAGGAAAAAUAAAAGUAACUGAGUCAAAGUACUGGAUGACUUAGGCAGCAUAUGGCACAAGGUGAUAAGUUCUGCAGAAUGAAAAAGAGCAGCGUCUUCAUCCAGAAACUGAGACAGGUAAAAACAAUGUUUUGGUUUCAUUCUCUUACUUUUAAUGGGUACUAUUGGAAGCUGGGUGCAAACUAAAGAAAAAGAGUGCAUGUUCACUGAAUUAAUUUCCAUUGACUAAAUAGCCCAGGAAAAUGUUGAUUGGUAACCGAGUCCAAAUAAAAAAAGGUCACUAACUGAAGUUUUGUGGCAUGCAGGGAACAGAAGUAAGAAGCAACAGCACAUAACAAUUUCAUUAUUUUUUACACCAUCUUGUAAUCUGAAAAUUAAGGGGAGAGUUUAGAUACAUGGAGGGGUUCUUGUGAUAUGACACUAGUAUUUUUUCCCCAUUGAGAUUAAUUGUAUGAGAAGGGGAAUCUAUUCCCAGGCCUUUCCCCUGUGAAAAGUAUGUAUUGGCACAGAUGAACAGUGUUUUGGGUAGCACUGGGAAUGUUUUUUUCCCAAAAGCAGUGUCCAAGGGAGAUGUACAGUUGGGAACGUUAACAUUCAAAUGUGUAUGUUAUGGUUGCUUAUUCUAAUUAUAGAUAUCUACAUGGUAUUCUUGUGAGGGAGAGGAAAGGAGGCAUAACCCAAUUGGGAAAAUGUGCAUACAAUGAUAUAUUUAAAAAUGGAAACCGGAAAUAAUAUGAGAGAGUUUUGUUGGACCAAUUUCUGUUAGUAAAUGAAUAUUUUAGUCUUUGAGUUAUGUAGAACAUGUAAUUAGAUACAAUGGAACGAUAGCUAAUUUCCAGCUUGUAUACAGAGAGAGACUACUUACUAAUGCAAAUAUUUGUAGACCAAAUAUAUUGUUACAGUGCUGUGGGGUGAAAACAUUUCUGGAAAUUUUUCAAGUGAUAUUUUUUCCAUGGAAAAUGUUCCACUUUUAGAAAUGAGUACUGUGCAAAUUUGGCAACUGAAAUGAAUAUAAUACUAAUGAAAUAUAAAAUCAUGGUUGUAAUUGGCUAUUUAUGAAGUGACUAGCCCUAGAAAGCACAUGCUUAUGCACACAGCUCUUGAGGGAUACUAAAUUUAGUAUGGUAAAAUAGUUUUCAGUACCUUAAUUUUUUUUCCUUUAUAAUUUUAUACAAUUGACUUGCAACCGACAUGCAUUUAAACUUAAACAAAUAGGGGCAGGCAUCCAUUAAAACAAACAAACAUUGGCAACCCCACCUGCCACUACACUCACCUUGGGAGAGUGCUUGGAGGUGCAGGGAGAGUGUGUCUUGCCUAUACAUGAUUUUGGCUUUAUGCACUGUCUGUGGAAUUUAACCCCCACAUAAGCUGAGAGUCGACUAUAUGUUACUGAGUUGUUUUAAGAACUUAUUUAAAAGUAGUUUAAUAAAGAUAAUUUCCAAAUAAAGAUUCAAAUUUGUUUGACUCUAACACUUAAAGCACAUUGAACGGAGCAGCUUGAAUUUUCCUCUCCAGGCAAAUACUUCAUUUAACUGACUUUUGGAGAAACUAUUCAGAUACUUAGUACAUAAAAUGAGCAUGACAUACUUUUUAAAGUCUUGUUCAAUCAAUGUAAGUGAAACCAACACACUAAAUCAGAUCUCCCAUUGUUUUAUGGCAGCAGGGAACCCCAGAGAUGCUGACUUGAUCUCAAAACAUUUAUCACCAAAUCUGUACAAACAUCUCAAACUAGGGAAUGUUUUGCCCGCACUUGUAAUAACUAAAGACCUCUAUUCCAGUAAAAAUAGACCAGGUAAUAAGUUCCUCUGCCAGAUCAGAGUCAUAAGGGGUGCAGGCAUAAUGUUCCCAAAAUAGUAACCAUGGUUAACUGGUGUUCAGGGGGUGUUCUUGAUUAUCAGCUGUGACACCAAGCCAUGGUUGAGGGUGGAGUUUUGGGGGAGGGUGAUUUGUGAUCAUGUCCCUCCCUUAUUGCUAAACAAUAGUUAGCUGAAAUAGCUAUCAAUGACAGUAGCGUGGUGAAAAAAGAAUUAAGUACCAGAUAAUGUUCAAGAUUUUUUAUUUGAGCUUUUGAGUUAUACAAGACAUAUUCAGGCAUAGGUGUUGAAAGAAGAAAAUUGUGGCAGAAAAUAUGGUCACAUAUCUAGUAUAUUGAGUAGCAUUGCAGAGAACCUUGUAAACAGUAAUUCUAACAAACUAACCCUACUGGAGGGAGUAGGUUACUUUCACAGGCUCUUUCAAAAUACUGUGUUCGUAGAAAACAUCUGAUGUCAGGGGAGGGGAGGGAAUUUCUAAAGUAUCUCUCAUAGAAUCUUCUUUAAAGCCUUUCAAAGAAAGAUGAUUUGCAAUCUGCUUUACAAUUUAGUCUCUACAUAACCCUUGAAAGUAGGGAAUAGUGCAUAAAAGACUAGCCAUUAUAUAUGAGUCAUCCUUAUAUUAGAUCUAGAGACAUACAAUGAUUUCUAUAAAUUGGCUGUAGGUGGAAUGGUGCAAAAUGAGCAGUGUGAUAGGAGAGAUUAUAUAUAAUUUCUGAAUCUGUGUGCUUGAUACAUGUUCUUUGCAGUUUAUCUUUACAGUAGUGGUGUGAAUAGUUGAGGCUGUGAGCCACUGCUUUUCAAAAAGGGUUUCGAGUAGAACUUUAAGGAUUUUAUAUAGUAUCUGUCAGUACAUACACUGAAGUUAUUUUUCACAGUGGUUGUAAAAUUCUUUUUUACUGUAGAUAGUUUCUGCCUCAGGAGUGUUUGAGUAGGUCCCAUGGCAGGAGGGAUGAUUUCUUCAGAUAACAGUGUUAAAAACUGAGUAAAAUUAAUCAGGUAUAAUUUCCCCUUUCCACUUUUUGAAUAACAAGGGAAUUGCAGGGUGUGUCUGCCCAUCUGAUAGAAAGAUGUUCUGAAGUACACAUAGCAGCAUUCAUAUUUGUCAUUUGAUCACUUAUGUAUUCUUGGAAGCGUACCCUAUGAGUGCCUCCCACUGGUAGAUAUUGUGGGAAAAGCCAGUGGCACCUCUGAACAUCCAAAGUCAAUUGGCAUGAAGAUGACAGUAUAGAGGCAAUACUUCUGAGAGGCAAUAGUUGGGUACAGUGUCCUCCUCAGAUACAAUACAUUUGUGUGCAUUUGAGCUUUUCAGUGUUUACAAACAUUUUGGUGAUCCUUACAACAAGCCUGUAGUAUUAUUCCCAUUUUGCAGAUACUGUGCUUUGACUAAUGGCUUGCCUGAGGGAACAGAGCAUUGUUGUCUAAACUAAGAGGUUCACUGUUUUCGCCACUGCACUGUACCAGCCCUUAACACAAAAACACAGAGGUACUCAGACUAGAUACAAUGUACAUUUAAGCCCCACCCUUUAAUCAAAUGAACCCUUGCCUGUUGCCACCAAAGAUAACUUGAGUAAAUAGUUCUUCAGAAAGAUGGUCAGACUUUGAGUCUCCAGGGGAAGCUGCCAUCUGGUAGUACAUCUCUCCGUAUGUUGGAUGAUCUGACAGAAAUUGUUUGUUUUUUCAGUAUCCUUCAUUUCUGUCCACAGACUCAAGGAAGCUAAUAACCAAAAUAAAAGCACACUAAAAAUACAUAAUGAUGGGUGGUAUCCAACAGAAUCAUACUCAGAGAAGAACCAUUGAAAUCAAUGACUGACUUCAGUCACAUAGCACCUUACCUGUGAAUUGAAGAGCAGAUAAAAAUCUGUUAAUGCUUGGACAAUAAAAUAAUAUCAAACAGUAACCAAGUCAAACAUCUUCAGAAUUAAAAGAAAGGUCACCUGGGGUACAUCCAUAUCAUACAUUUAAAGCAUAUUCAGUGCACAUUUAAUAUUCAUGACUUCCCCCAAAGAAUUCUGGGAACUGUAGUUCCACCCUCAGAGAGCUACAAUUCCCAACAACCUUAACAAACUACACUUUCCAUGAUUCUUUGGGGGGAAGCCAUGUGCCUUAAAUGGAUGUGGAAUGUGCUUUAAAUGGAAGGUGUGACUCUGCUCCUGGACUGUUCAAAGGCUUCUAUAUGAAUAGAAGCCUUUGAUCCCUCAGUGGCAAAGAAGCCAGGUAUCAACACCUGGGCUGGCAUGGGCAUGCCAAAGCCCACCAGGCCUGAUACUAUAUUGGUAGCAUCUUUCCAUCCCUCCACUUAUUUUAAGCUUUUUAUAUGCUUGAGGUGACUGACCAGACAAGUACAUGAUUGCAGAUGCUAAUUUGAUUCUUUUUUCAACUUUAAAAUAUACAAUACUGUUUUUCUAGAACAAAGUUUGUGCAUUCCCAUCAAGGCAGCAGAAUCAAAUUGCAUUUUCUUCCUGUAGUCAGGAUAGUGCAGUGAUUUAAGCGAGUUUAAAUAUCACAACUGCAUGUUCUCUAUUUUUUUUAUUUUAUCAAGGUUGUCAAGCUGCUUUGUUUGUGCUUUUGCUCUAACAAUGCUGGAAUAUUUAACCAAUUGCAAUGAAUGAAGUGACGCAAGGUGGAGAGAUGAUACUCAUGGUCAUAUAAGGUGUCCCCACUUCCCGUAAGACCAUUUAGUGCAAGGUCUAGAACAGGGGUAGGCAACCUAAGGCCCAUGGGCAGGAUGCGGCCCAAUCGCCUUCUCAAUCCGGUCCGCAGACAGUCCAGCAAUCAGUGUGUUUUUACAUGAGUAGAAUGUGUGCUUUUAUUUAAGAUGCAUCUUUGGGUUAUUUGUGGGGCCUGCCAGGUGUUUUUAGAUGAGUAGAAUGUGUGCUUUUAUUUAAAAUGCAUCUCUGGGUUAUUUGUGGGGCAUAGGAAUUCGUUCAUUUUUAUUUUUAUUUUCAAAAUAUUGUCCAGCCCACCACAUGGUCUGAGGGAUGGUGGACCGGCCUACGGCUGAAAAAGGUUGCUGACCCCUGGUCUAGAAGUACAUAGCUGCACCACUGUGUGAACCUUCCUCCAGAAAGUAGUAAUUGUGUAAGCCAUCCAUUUGAAAUGCAAUUGCAGGGGUAGAAAAUGGUCAGAGCCAAACAUCCUGCUUUCAUACAAAUUUAAACUAUUUCCUUCCCUGCCUCACCUAAAAGUAGUUUUUCCUCAAACCAAGAACAUCAUCUUUGCAGAAGUAGUCCUCAAGCUGGGUAUGACUGUCUUGAUUGUAUGUGUGCCCUGCCUCUGCUUAAAGCAAGGCACUCUCCACAAGUUGGUCUGCAGGAUGUAUUGUCUAGUCAUAGACCACCCAUUUAAACUCUCACUUUCUGAACUCUUAACUUCUGUGACCUAGUUCCUUAUGAGGCUAUCUAUAUAUUUUGAGAGCUAUGGUGUUAUAUACACAAAUCUCUCCUGAAAUUUAUGUUCCCAAUCACUUAAGAGGUUAAGUGAAAUAUUUCAAACUGCAUGUGGUUUUCAAGACAUUUUAAAAAUAAUGUUAUGCUUGAAAGCCUGUUGGGCAAUCACCUAUUUUUACAUCAUGAAUUGAUACCAUAUGGGCUGUCCAUUAAGCAUUGUUUUCUUACUCCUCAUGUCUGCUUGUCUCAAUCAGGUCAUUACAGUAAUAAUGAACACCCUCCCCUUCCUCACCUCUUUUGUGGAAGAAAGCUAGUUGGUCUCUGCACCAGAAUGAGAACAUUUGUUAAGAAUGUCUGUUCUGAAGGUGUGGCUCCUAUGGAGAAAAUAAUCACUUAGCUCUGCAGCAAAGCAAACAAUAGAGUACUGCUCAGUAGGCUGCCUCCUUAUUUUUUGACAAUGGCCUCGGUUUACAGCAAGAGAAAAACCAAUACUUAAUCGUUUCUAUUCCACUCUAGUAGUGAAGAAGCCAUGUUGAUAUAGUUGAGCAUAUGCACCUGUAACUCGUAUACUGUCAGAACUGAGACGGGAAUUGGUGAGAUAGGAACAGGAGUAGGAACACUCUUUAAAAUCAAUGGGGUGGCAGCUCUCCCUGGUCACUUAAGGAAAGCUCUGUGGCUGAUCUGACAUUGCUGAAGUAGCAUUAGAUGUAAAUCACGCAUGAAUAUAAAACCCAAAGAUCUCUAAAGGGAAAGUCCAGCAUGAAACAGAUGAAUUACAAUUCAAUACAUAUGUUAAUUGGAUACCAAUGCCAAGAUGUUGGUGCUGUCAUCAACACUGCCUUGUUAAUUGGUCACUGUAAUUAUCUUGCUUUGAGGCACUGUUCGUUAUGAAUUUCAUUUCCAUUUGACUUUGCUCCCCUCAGCCAUGUGUUUGCCAGUGCUUACUAAUUCACAAUUACGCUUCAUGCAUCAAAUGAAUGGACUGCAGUCCACAAAAUUUAUAAUAAAUUUGUUAAAUCAUGAAGGUACCACAGAACACUCUUUGUUGUAACAAGUCUGACCCCGCCCCCCGGAUGUGAAAUCUGUUUCUGGUCAACAUAGAUGUCCUCACAACUGCUGUACUUGGGAAUGUUGUGUGUGAGUUUUAUAUUGAUAUAACUCAAAAGUCACAAAUGCCCUUCAGGAUCCAGACUGGUUAAUUUCUAAAGGAUGCUAUCCUGCAAGUGAUUUAGAUUUUGACUGUUAACUUGAACACUUUAUCCAGGAAAUUUUGGAGGGUAUUUGGAUGGUAGUGAGUAAUAAUAAUUGAUUAUUAUUAUUAAUCAAUUAUUUAUGCCUCCUUUAAAGAGCCCAAAUUGUAGAGACAAUUGGAAUGCUAGAUCUCUGACAAGAUUCUUUUUUAAAUAGUUAGUUUGUUGCGCGAUACUAUGAUUCAGUGUUUGGGCUGCAUGUACUUGCAGUGAUGAAAGUGUUGUAAUGCAUACACUUAUGGGUAGACUAGGAUUCUAAACUGCACUGCCAUUUCCUUGGAAAAACUGGUUAUUCAAAACGAUUUAAUCCGAAUAAGUGCACGGUAUUUUGUAUGUAUGGAGCCCAUCUCAUCACGUACCUCUUCUGUUUCAGUAACUCCCUUUUUGUAGUGAUUCGCCACAACUCAUAUGUAAAGGCUCCUUUUCUGCAAACACGGUGUCUUUCUCACAGGGGCAUAUAUUUGGGGAUUAAGCAAACUCCCACUUUAACCUGUGGUGGUAAUUCUAUGCAAGGAGUACACAGACUCUACAACAGGUGUGGGGAAACAUUUUGGCUCCGUGGGCCAAAUCCUUUUCAGGAUCAGCUUCGCAGACCAAAUUUGACAGGUGUGCAGGGUCACCCACCUUUUCAAGAUACUUUGAAGUCCUGAAGAGGGGACUUCAAAACACCUUGCAAAGUGCUGCUGAAAGGGAGUGGUUCUGCAUCCAUUUACAGGGGGUGCUGUGCAAAUUUGCAUGGUGUCACCUGCUAAAAUGACAGUAAAUAAGACUCUGUUUUUGCAGAUGAUUUUGAUGCUCACUAGGACUGGGUGACAGAGGGAUAUAUUGUCUAAAACCACUUUGAAGUUUACAUUGUGAUAACUGUUUCAUAAUAUUUGACCUGGUGGCAGCAGUCGCAGCUGUGGUUUGUGAAGCCUCAUGGCAAGCGGUGGCAGAAGUGCGGAUGGCCUGCAAGGCCUUGUCGUGAUGGUGGGAGGCAACAGCAGUAGCAGCCUAUGAGACUUCGCUGCAGCAGUGGCAAUAGCGGCAGCGGCAAUUAAAGCAGUGGCCUGGCGGCAAAAUCAGUAGCAGGCUGCAAGGCCUCACCACAGCGGUGGGAGACAGCAGCAGAAGCGGCAGUGGUCUGGCACCAGUGGCACAGUCAGCAUUCUUGGUUUAAGAACAUUGCCCAGGCUUUAAGUUUUGUUUCUGAGGUGAAUGUAAAGCCCUAGUUUGUAAAUUAAGGACUUUUUUCUAAUUAUACCUAUUCAGCAUUUAGCUUUCAUUUAGGCUUUUAGUCACAUGUGAAUGUUGUGAGUCCUCCUUAACAUGACUUAUUGCCUGAUAUGCCCUCUUCCUUUCAGAUUACACACAUUCACAGCUAGUUAGAAACUAGCAUUGUAUAAAAUAUUACAAUUUGAUCCCAGUUAAUUUCCAGAUGCCACCUCCCUAGUGUGUAGCAUGGUCCAACCUUUAAUGACAGCUGUCCAUUUUGUGAUAUAAGUACGAAGUUUAGCACAAAGAGUAAUACCAAGAAAUCAUUUUGGAUUAAAUGAAAUUAUACCCUUGUGUACGUGCAUUGCAGUGUUUAAUUGAACAUUUCUAUUUUGACUAGAAAGGUAAUUAUACCACCCCAAAUCAUCAAUUGAUUAAAUGAUGACAUUUUUCUAAACCCAGUAGUACUUGAAUUACAGGGGUGCAUAAUUUCAUGUCUAUGUUCAAGGGUCUCCGUGGCCCUGGUGCCUAGAUCUCUCUAUUUUGGACUGUAUUACUCUAAAUAGAUCCACCAGCACAAGGAUUUGCCCUUGCACAAAUGAACUUCCCAAUUUCUCUCCCUGCACCCUGCGGGAGGUUCUGUUGCACAAUCAGAAAUCCUUUCACUAGCAGAUCUGUUUAAUUGGCUACAGCCCCAUGAGUGUCUGGCUAUGUGCCACACUGUAGCAAUGAUUUGCUAUUCAAAAGCUGUGUUAAAAAGUAUUGUCCAGUAUCUGAUCAUGGGACAAAGGCCAGUCUGACCUUUGACCAGCUGCUGUGUGCUAUCCCUGAACAGAUUCAGUGGCAUUAGAAGUGUGAACUUGUGGUGGUUAAGGGAAAACUGUGGGCUAUAUAUUUAUAAAAAUACUUGUAUGCCACUGUUCAUUUUUUAAGAAAUCUAAAGUGGUUUAUAACGCGCGCACACACACAUAUGCAAAAACACGUUUAAAAAUGCCAGAAAUAAUCAGUUAACUAUUACAGGAAUCUGUUUUCUUAAUUGUAUCCAUAAGCUUGGUGGCAUAGAAAUGUUUUCAGCAGAUACUUAAAGGUUAAAGCGGAAGGCACCUGCUGAAUCUCUUUUUGGAAGAUGAUGCUAAAGGCUCAGUGUCAUGUCACUGUCAGAUGAGCCUCACCAACUCAGGGGAUGACCAGUGACACUCCUGCAGAUGAUCUUAGUAAUCGAGUUGAGAUAUUAAGGGUUCAGACAAUCCCUAAGUACCCUGGACCUAAGUUGUGCAGGGCUUUGAAAAUUAAUACAAGGACCUUGAACUUGGCUCAGUAGUAGAUGGGUAGCCAGGGGAGAUGUUUUAACAAUGAUGCCACAUGUUGUUGGUCAUUUGCUCCAUCAGGAAUGGUCAUAGCUGGCAAGCAGGCCAAGCUGGUAAUAAUGAGGUGGCAGGAAUGUACUUGAACUCACUUGGAUGAAAAGUUGUAGCAAUGCCAAUCAAACAGCCCGGUGAAAGGUUUAUUUCCUCAUAGUGACAGUGGAGUAGAAAUCUGUGGAUUUCACCACCUCUGAGUGCAAGGUUUUGUACAGCUGGGGCUUUACCAUUCUGUGUCUCCUUCGCUGGAAGGCUUAACUCAUGGCCUUCUAUGACAGGUUCUGUGGAUGAAAUCAUUUGCAUCCAUUCCAAAUUGAUUCCACCCAUUUUUCUGAGUCAACCACAUGGGUGUCUGGGUAGGUUUUAUUGGACGAGUUCCAAGUGCUGGCAGCCAAGGAUGUGAAGGGGGCUUUUGGAUCAGUACAUUUGACGUGCCUAUCUGACCCCUAUCCAUCAUGGCUAGUGAUAAAGAGCCUGGGGAAACCAAUGUUCAGCUUGCUUUUAUGACCAAGAAUAAUCAAAAAGGCCAAGCAAUUCCAGACUCAUGACCCUCUUCAGUCAGUUUUGUUGCUGGAGUUUGGGACCCCUACUAAUUUUAUUACCGUAGCUGAUGAUAUUUGCUGGGAGAAAGAUAAGUUGAUUUCCCUUAAUUUCUCAGCAAUUUUUGGUACCAUCUAUCAGAAGUCCAUGAAUUUUGCUUGUCAUUAACCAGCCAAGAUUUGUGUUCACCACUAACUGUCUUCUCUUAAGGUGGGUGGGGUCCUAACUGGCAACAUGCGGACCUAGAGGUGCACUCUGGCUGCAGUUGGUGAAACCCUGUCCUCUGCCUCCCCUAACAUAAUGAGUCUAUGAGAUGUUCAGAAAGCAGCAAGACACCUUGCUGCUUCACAGAGGACUCCAAAACUUUGCAUGCCAUCGGCAAGAGUUCUGUCCUUUAGGUUUGGAGAAGGAUGGGGACUCACCCUGAUACUGAUUGGAAGAUGCAUAUGCCAGUGUGAAUAAUGAGCAUGUUUGUGAACUGUUGCCAUUGAUGAUUGUAUCCCUUUGAAUUGGACGUAUAGGUUGGAAGUGGGGGCACUGCACUGCAGUGGUUUUCCUUAAACCUUUUCUCCUACCUUGAUGGGUGAUAUUGGGGAUUGUUGUUUCUGCCUUUGGGUAGCACUCUCUUAAGGGCCAAUCCUUUGUAUUGUUUUUAUUGUUCUGUAUUAGUUAACUCUUCUUCUUUUUUAAUUGAAAAGCAGACUACAUAUCCUUUUAACAAACCCAUGCUUACAUUGAAUGAUGGCAUGCACACAACCCUAGUAAUUAUGUUUUUAAAGGAACAUUUUAACCUGUGGAGUGUAUUUAUCAUUUUUAAUGAUACACACACACAAUGGAACCAGGAUUUCAAAACCCCAUUUAAGUAUGUACAUCCUCAUUCACCAUGCCGGCUUAACCUUAGCCGCAAAAAGUCAGCCUGAAAAGGAAAGUCUUAAAAUGCUUCUGGAAGAUGUUCAAGCUCUUACUUUGGCAGUUCUCCAGGAAGAGGGCAGUUGUGAAGAUCUCUUUCCUUUUGUGCCCUUUUCAUGCUGCUGCAUUGGAUCAGAUCACUAUACAAUAGAAAAAACAUUAUCAGUUCAUCAUGGGAAUUGUGAUGUGACAUUACAUAUCUUUGAUGGGUUAGAAUUAAUGUUGCUUUAUUUCAUUAUAAAUAAUUUUCAGGUAUUAAUAAAGGUAACAGUUUCUCAAAUCCAAGUGCAAUUUUUCCCCCUAAAUUUCAUCAGACUUUGAACUGAACAUUGACAACAUUUUGGCACUGGAGUUUUUUUUCUGAAAGAGGGUAGGUGUACCUCACUUGGUUGGUCAUGCUUGUCAACUGAUCAGCACUUUCAGUCCUUUUAUAUUCCUCACACUUACAAAUUUAGGGAGAAUGGCGAAAGGGCUUUGGUUUGUAUCCAGCUAGAUUAUGAGUAUACCCAUUGAAAUUAAUGGACCCAAGUAUUUUCAGUGGAUCUACUCUGUGUUUGACUAGCAUUAGAUAUAUCCCUUUCUAAUUGUUGUAAAGAGGGUGUUCUCUGUGCCCCCAACUCUGCAUUUGUGGAAUGCUAUCUGCAGGGACUUGGUCGGUCUUCCGUCUCCAACCAAAUACAUUUCUUAUUCUGGGCUUUCGGGUAGUGUAAAGUUGUAGAGAAAAGAAUACACCCCCCCCAAUGGUGGAACCAAAAAGUGCAGAGAAAACAGUAUCAGAACCCACUGGUGGGUGAUUUGGAUGAACACUUUCACUAUAUUUUGUUGUAAUAGAUUUUUAUCGUAUGUGGUAUGUUACCCCUGUAAAUUGCUUCAGGAUUCUUUUUGUGUGUAGCCAGUCAUAAAUCUAAUUAAUCUCAUACAGUAGAUCAAUAAAGUACUAAGAUUACUCCUUAGACCUGUUGCCCAACCUUUUCCCUUUUCUAAUUGCUACCAUGUGCCCAUCUCUCAGUCGGACAACAUUCCUGUCUUGUUUGUGAAAUACAGGUUGCAUUCCUUAUACACAGCGAUUGCUUAAUGCUUUGUACAAUACUUUUAGUCAUCUUGGUUCUUAAAUAGCAGGAGAGUUCACACCAUUGUUAGAACACCUACUAGAAGCAGCAAUGCUCUGACACCAAUAUAGUUUGCAUAUCUGUGCUGGUGUUCUGGUAUUCUGAAUUGUUAAUAGCACUCCUUCAGAUCUUCUGGGUAUCCCAGAGGAGCCAGUGUUUGUGUGGACAGUUGUUGCAUUCAGAAUGACUAGUCCCACAAUAGCAAUGGGGGUAGGGAAGAGAAUGCAUGAGUGUUACCCCUAUAAAAAUUGGCAGUAUGCUGUAAUGGAUAGACUGUUGGGCUUGGUCUAUGGGGCCUUUGUUCACAUCCCUUUGCAGUCAUGAGGCUUAGUGAGCAGCUUUAGACAAGGCAUUAUUACUUGGCCUGACCUAACUCUCAGUACGGCUGUGAGGAUAAAAUAGGAUAAUCUCAAAGUACUUGAAGCGGGAAUGAUUCACAAUUUUGAUACAUACUUUUCACCACCCCAAUAACUAUACUCAUUUUCUUUUUGUCACAGGAGUGGAAAUAUUCUUCCUUAAUGUUUAACUGUGAUCUGGGGUGAAUGUUAAAGGAGAACUCUUGGGCAAAUUUUGUGGAGGGUUUGAAACAAAACAGGGGAGAUUACAACCCUUUAAGUCAGCCUUUUUUGUGGAUGUGGGUGGGUGUUUUAGGGUGAGCAAAAACCAUUGGCCUUUGUUUUGCUCUUCUUGUGAAUUACAUUUCCACCCAUAAGAACCUGAGAUCUAUCUUGCAUGGUGAUGUUAGUUUCUCACAAGGACUUCCAGGUUAAAAAGAGAUAAAUUGCAACAGCUUUCUCUCUCUCUCUGCUUGUUACUACAUGGUUAUAUGUUACCUAGGACAAGAUGUGCAGGAUUCCCACUGUCUUGUGGUUGUCUACUCAGGAGCAGGCAAACAGCCAGCUGAAUUCCAAGUGUCUUGCUUGGCAACUUCAUCCUAUCUCCCUCAUGUUUUACCAAGCAUUUUAACAGCCAACAGUGGAGCAGCGGUUGGGACAACCAUCCUCUUGAGUGUGUUAACAAACCAGCACAGCUCAGAAAUCCAGUUAAGCAGUUUAUUCAAAAGGCGUAUCAGCAACGGAGGGUGGUGGAGAAAAAUUGAGUAUGUGCAAUCAAAAUGAAAAUACCAGAAUAUUGGUCUAACUGGUCUAGGGCUGGACAACAUCAGCUUUUCAACAUUGUGGUGCAUCGUCAGCCAAACACUGAGGUUUGACAGUAUACUGCAGUGUUGAAAAAACUAGGUGCAUUGACCUCUGCCUGCGAGACACCAGGUGAAACCUUCUCAGUUCUCACCUCAAAAGCUGAGGCGGUUUCACCCAGGCUCACGGGCUGGCACAAUGCUGCUUGUUUGUGCAGCUCAGCUGGGGAGAAGGAAGGUUCUCCCCCCACCAGCUGAGACAGCCCAGGUGUUCUUGCUGCCUACAUGCAAGCGGGCAGAGCAUUGGGGCUCCUUUAACUGCUCACUGUGGGGAGCAGCCACCGCAUUCCCCUCAGCUGAGCAGUUUCACGGAGCCCCCACCCCACUGCUGGCUUGUGGGAGCCAGCGACGGCCUGGAGGCUCCUUUAACUGCUCUACUGAGGCAAGGGCAGCUCUACAUUGAAGCAGUUAAAAAAUGUAGAUGGAGGAACAAGCUGUAUCGGUGCCUCGCCGCUACAGCUUGUUUAUCCCUCUCUGUUGUAUGAGGGCAGUGUGGGAUGGCGGUUUCACUCAGUGAUAUAUCACUGGUGAAACCACCAUUGCUCCUGAGUCCCUCUGCUAGCAGCGCCUGACUUCCCCCAGCAGACACUGCUAGCAGAGGAACUUUGGAGCAGUGGCAGUUUCACCUGCGAUAUACCGCUGAGCGAACCUGACAUUGCGGCCUGCUCCUCACACUGGUCCUGGGCAAUAUAUCAAUAAUAUUGCCCAGGCCUAAACUUUGCAAAACUAACAUAAGAAGACAUACUCUUAUUUGUCCCCUCUGGUGUUGGCAGUUUUUGGCAUAGACUGCAGGCUGAUGGAUCAUAAGAGCAUAAGAGGGAUCAGGCCGAUGGCCCAUCUAGUACAGUAUCCUGUUCUCACAAUGUCUGAACAAAAGCCUGUGGGAAACCAGCAAGCAGGAUUUGAGCACAAUAGCAAUCUCCUCUCCUGUGGUUUCCAGCAACAGGUAUUCAGAAGCAUUGCUCCAAUUGUGGAGGCAGAGCAUUGCCAUCAUGGCUAAAAGCCAUCAAUAACCCUCUCCUUCAUAAAUUUGCCAAAAGCUAUUUUUAAAAAAAUUAAGUUGGUGGCCACCACUUGCUCUUAUGGGAGUGAGUUCCAUAAUUUAACUAUGUGCUGUCUAGGCCUGGGUAUCAAUGCCACAGUUUUUGCCUGACUCGCUUGCCCUCUUUUUCCUUCCCGGGUAGUUGCCCUAUGUUGACCCCAUUGAAAUGCCAGUAUUCAAUCUGCUCUACAACACUGGGCCUGAAUUGCUUAUUGUUCCCAAAGAAUUAACAACAUGGUACAAGCAGGGCAAUGGCUCAGGAGUGAGGCAAGGUGCUUCAUGGAUUCUUCCCUCAUCUUUUUCUGACCUUCUUGUUGUUGCUUCCCAACACACACACCAUAAUUUCAGGAAGCCUACAGAAGUUGUAGAGAAGGGGUUUGGUAUCAGUGUUAGAAACUGAGAUAUGAAAGCUAGGAGCUAAAUGGCACCUUAAACCUAGGUUAUAGGCGCAACAACGGAAUGCCUAGGUACGCUUUUUUUUUAUAACAAGAAUACAAAGCUGAAAACCAAUGAACUGCCGCUAAAAUAUUAUGUUCAUUUUUCAAAUGGUCUAGUCCUUCUCCUGCCCACCCCUCUAAUAUUCUUAAGAAUAUUAAGUCUUCAGAGAGUAGCUGGAAGUGGGGAGGCAUUUCCUUCCACUCUGCAGUUUUACUCUGAAAUCUUAGGCGCAGUACUGCGUCCAGAGCUCAGAAACUGCUCAUGCUAAUGAAAUUCUCUAUUGCAAAAUGUGCCCAGAACAAUGGGAGUUUCAAGCACUGUUUGGUAUAUGUAAUCGGCCAUCCAUCAGUUCCUGUUCCUCGGGCCUAAUAACGCCUGUGCUUGGAGCAGAUAUCAGACUUUUAAUGAUGGUAUUCAUGAGUGUGGUGACUGUGGCAGUCUACAGAUACACAUUUCCCAGAGAGAACACAGUUUAUAAAGUGAGCUGUAAAAAGGAAAGUGAAGAAAAGAAAAUAGAAGUCCUUGGACAGCAGGGAAGCUUCUAAAGAAAGCUCACCCAGUCUGAACUGUUUGUAUUAUUUAUAAAUUGCUGUGGACAAUAUACUCCAUACAGCUCCUCCCAGAGGAAUGGUGGUUUUUUAAAUACAAUUUGUGGAAGAACUAUUUCAGCAUCAUAAACAGAAAUAUGGAAUCGUGUUACUCCCUGUGUGCAUGUUGGGUGGCUAAUAGCAGGCAAAAUGUAUUUUUCUUUUUAGACUUCUAGUCCAAGCCAAUUCCUAAGGCUCAGGAUGGGUUAUAGUUAGUAAUUUAAGUGUCACAUACAAAUUAAGUUCUGAUGCAGGCACAACACUGGUUCCCUGCAAAGCAUGAUUUGUAAAUCAGGAACCAGCCAUGGGAGUGCAUAUUCCAUCAUUUCCCUUGUUGACUUAGCUGUGGCUUAUAUCUCACUGAUGCAGUUAGGAUGUGUAAAACUACUUCGACCUCUCGUUUCAAAUCCUAGUUAGCAAGAGAACCCUGAUUAGAUGGAAGCAUGUGUCCCCAAGGCUGUGCCCUUCUGGAAACCAAGUAGUGGAAACCAAGCAAUAACUUCAUUGAUCUCAGAUGUUGCCAUUUGUACAUGGUGGAAGAGGCAGUCUCUUUUUGUACUCAAAGGCGACAGAGUUCAUUAGCUUGACUUUAUGGCAGCAAGAAUAAUCAUGGUUGCUCUUUUGGAACUGGUACUCCAUGGUAGGAUUUAAGUUUGGCAAAAAAAUAUGCAAGCUAUUUUAUGGUCUGAUGUCUACCAUGCACAUUCUUGGUGAAAGGCCUCUUCAACUCAAUGUAUUUCUGUAUAUGCCCAGGAUACCUUGUAUUUCACUUGUAUCCUUUCAGUCUAUAAAUACUUUGGAGUGUUUGGAAGUUCUCUUUGAAGUAAAAGAUAUAGAUACAGUACUGGAACUGGAAUAAAAAAUGGAUCACAAAAGUGUUUGAGCUGUUCUGCAUCUGCAAUGCACUUGACCCAGCAUCUCAGGAAAACUUUUGCAGCAAGAGAGUGUUACAGUGGAAAAGUAUUUACUUAUAAUUGACUAGAAAUAUAUAUAAAAGUUCUGGUCCAUGGGAUCACGAAGAGUCGGACACGACUAAACAACAAAAUAUAUAAAAGUUAGUUUAAGAGAGUGUAAAGAAAAGAACAUAAGCAUUCAAUUCUGAUUUUUAUUAUGCUUUAAUCUUCUUGUAUGGGCCACCUUAGUUAAUGCUAUAAUGCAAGGAUGGGGAACCUUAGACCCUCCAGAUGUUGUUUGACUCCCAUCAGCACCUCCAAGCAUGGUCAAUAGUUGAGAGUUGUAGUCUAGUAACAUCUGAAGGGCCAACAAUUAGUAAUCCCAGCUAUAAUACAAGUUUCUGCACCCUGUCUGUCUCUUGGGAAAGGUGACUUGGCGCCUGGUUCACAGAACUGAAAAGCAAGCAGUAUCAUGAGAUGAGAGAGAAGCAAGAGUAGUACAGGCCAUGUCAAGGCCAGCCUGUGGAUUCUCGUAUUUUCCUUGAAUCCAAGAGUGCUAUUAAAUCUCCCUGCCUGUGGUACCUGUAGUAGGCUACUUGAAAGGUUAUUGGGACAGGUACUAAAAUAUGCCUUUAAUUUCCCUUAUGAUCCCACAUGCGUUUUGAAAACUCAGAAGCCUCUUUGCUUCUGAUUUCAUGGCCCACUCUCACCAUUUUUCUUCCCUGGACACUGACUUGCACAAUAUUUAAGGGUUUUAGAUAUACUAGAUCCUGCCCUAUAUUUAAAUUCUGUUUCUAUUACUUAACUAGGCUCUUAAAGAUCUUCCAGAAUGCUAUAAGCUGUAACGGUUCAUCCACAAUGCCCCCCAUUAAAAACAACAAAAACCUUAGAAGAAUACCCCCAGAUCUGUAUGUGCCAGCACAAAGCUGCAAUGCUUUUUUUCAGCUCCAGCCCAUAGAAAGCUCUCAGACCAGAUCUCCUUUGCAACCUUGUCCUUUGGAAUAAUUCCUUUACAAUGUCAAGGUCUUCUUUCCAGACUAGCAGUUUCUGCUGGUUGCUGAUUUUGGCAUUGAUUCUUUUAAUCAUAAGGGCUUGUGUGAGCUUUCUUCUCUUUUUCUUUUUCUUUUUUUAGGAAAUAAAGUCCUGAUUCUGCCUCAGCUGAGAAGCAGCUGAGUUUGCCAGCAAAUCAAUAUCUGUUCUGACCUUGCUUGAGCCAGGCAAUGAAUAUUCCAUGCUUCUCUGCCUCACACAGCGAAGAAAGAGACCAUAGCCAGUGGCAGGGCAUGUGUUUGCAGACAGAAGGUCCCAUGUUUAAUCCUUGGUAUCUCCAGUUAUGACUGGGAAAGAUUCCUGUCUGAAACUCUGGAGAACUACAUCUUCCAUUGUGAAGACAGAUGCAAAGAAUUCAUCCAGCUUCUCUGCAGUUACAUUUCCUCCUUCAGCACACCUUUGACUCACUUUUUAUCCAACAGCCAUUUAUUUAAAAAACGUUUACUUGUUGGCCUCUUUAUGUUUUUAACGAAGUAUUCAUCAAAUUCUUUUUUUUAAAAUCCCUCGUGGUCUGCUCACAACUCUUUUGCUAAAGUUUAUGUUCCUUUUUGUUGUUCUCAUUUGGACAGAACUCCAUUUCCUGAAGGAGGUCCUCUUACCUCUAAUAGCUUCCAUGGCUCUGCUCAUUAACUAUGCUGCCAUCCUCUUUGCCAUGGUGGUACCUUUACUGAUCUGCACUGUACAUUCUAGCCAAUCUGUUAUUGUGGUUUUAAACAGCCCCAAACCAUUCUGGAGAGAUUUGACCCUAUUGACUUUGUCGUUCCACUGUCUUAUAAGCAACCCCUCAUUUUUGGGGAAGUUUCCACUUUUGAAGUCAAAUGUGACCGUGUUGGACUUUCUUAGCAAUUGUCCACUUACAUGGCACUGUGAUCACUGUUUCAAAUUGGUUCAGCAACACUUACAUCUCACACAAGGUCUUGGGCACCACUUGAGUUGAGGGUUGCCAUCUCUGGUCAGUUCCAUGACCCAAACUGUUCUAAGGCAGAGUCAUUUAGGGUAUCUGGAAAUUUUACCUCUUGGUUGUGAUUGGGUGUAUGCAUGCUCCAAUCUGUGAGAGUAGUUGGAGGUUGGCUAUUAUUAUGACACUUCCUCCUUUAGGUGCCCCCUUUAUUUCAGUCUCCAUCUCAAGGUCACCCUGGGCAUUUUAGUUGGGAGGGGGUGAUCAUACAUCCCCUGAACUAAAUUAAUCAGUGAUCUUUGUAGAAGAGUUUGCCUUUUGGGGGACUUCUAGAUGGUUGAACUCUUGUGUUCUCUUUGAUACCACCUCCAGUGCACCCUUCCCUGAGGUCCUAGGGUUGAAUGCAAUCCUCCAAACCCCUUUAGUUGGCCCUUGGGACUUUCCCCAGAUCUUGCACACACACACACCCCUUGAGUGUUUGUGUUUGCCCUUGGACUCUGUUAAUGCCUCUUUCUUACCUAGAUGAAACAUAGAGAUGGGUGUGUGAGUAAGUGUAGAAACUACCUGACUGUACAAAGGUAACAUAUACAUUCAUUUCUCUGCCUUUUUUGUGUGUCUGGCCCCAGCCAGCUCUGGCAUGUGGCCCUCAGAAAGUUGCCAGAAAGGAACAUGCCCUUGAGCUGAAAAAAGUUUCACACCCCUGCUGUAUUUUGUAUCCAGAUAUAACUGUGCCCCACUGGUUCUCUCCAUUCUACUAGUUUUACUUUAUGUCUUCUAUAGCUAUGUUCUUCUCUUAAAACCAAGCACUCUCAUCUUGACUUAGACAGCCUUUCUCAACCUGUGGGUCCCCAGAUGUUGUUGAACUACAACUCUCAUCACCCCUAGCUACCAAGGCCAGAGCUCAGGGAUGAUGGGAGUUGUAGUCCAACAACAUCUGGGGACCCUCAGGUUGAGAACCGCUCACUUAGAAGCUUCCAGCAUUUAGCAUAUAACACUUGUAUAUGGUGUCUUCCUCUUCAUAAUUUUGGCACAUGUGUUUUACCCUACAAAUUGGCCUCAAGUCCAGGGAGAAGGAUUCCUUUUGACUAAAUUGCAUGACCUGGUUUCUGCAGAAGUGACAUGUAAUAAAUGGUUGGAAGCUCAUACCUUAUAAAGAUGAUUGAUUAGCUGUAAGCAAACUUGCUUACCUGGGUGCCACUGAAGUAGAUAUAGCUGUGUUACAUCUGGUGCACCAAGACAGAGUAUGAGGUGAGGCUUCUGCUUGUAGAGAUUCUUCUCGAUUAUUUUUUUUUAAAAUUACAGCUUUUGUGAGGAAAGUAGCAACCUGUUCUGCGGCUUGGUAAUAAAUGGGGUAAUAAAUAGAGCAGUGGUCUUUGAGCCUAGCAGACCUAGCAUCAAGCAGUGUUCAGUUCUGACAGCUCCUAGUCAGAUCAGUUUCAAAGAUUUAUGAAGGGUAAAAUAAGAUACAGCAAGACCUAACCUGAGCUAUUAACAUGAGGAAGAGAGCAGAACAAAACUUGGGUGCUGAUUUUUUUACUGGAUGGGGUGCAGUCUGCAUUGCACCUGUAUUCUUUCCUCAGAUGCAUUCGCUAGGGUUUGUUGGUGCAAGAUCUUUAAGCACUUUAAAGAGAGAGAAUUCUGAUGCACUCCUUCCUUCUGGCAAUUGAUCCCCUCUUUUAAGAAGUUUUCCUAUAAGAAAGACUGAAUGGCCCGAGGUCACCCAGUGAAUUUGGUGGGUAUUUGAACCAAAGUCUUGCACCCCAAGGACAAGACUCUAUCCUUAAUUACACCACAAGCAAAUUCUUCAUUUAACUUUUUACGUACUCAAACAUCAUAGUAAACUGGGUGUGGGGUAUCUGUUGUUACACUUUGGCUAUUAUUGAACUCCCAACGCACAUGUACCCCAGCUGACAUGGACAAUGGCCAAGGAUGAUGAUAGCAAGAGGUCUGAAUUGGCAAAAUGUGGCUGGUGUCUUGACUCCAAACCAUGAUUUACAAAGCCCUUUCAAAGUGUGGUUUCAAAUCACGGUUUGGAGGCAAGGUGCUAACCCAAGUUUUCUCAUUUGGCUAUUAACAGCAAAUAUAAAAGAACCAGGAAGUGGAUGAGGGAACCGUGUGUCAGGAAUGAGCCCAUGGUAUGUGCUUUCUGAACUGGGCCUCCAAUUCUGUCAGGUGAGCAAACCAUUUUCUGGGAUUUUCUUGGGUUGGUGGGGCAAUUUUUAGGAACUGGCAUCAAAAUUCUAGGUAACUGAUGUGGUUACAUGUUGAUAACUUUUUUUUUCAGCAUUUCACAAAUGCUACCUACCUGCAGUGUAACUCUAUGGAAACAGUGUCCCUAUUUGUCUAUUUCUGCAAAGCCAUAACCACAAUGCACAGAGAUUACCUGCAUAUUCACACACAGAAAAUGCUUGGCGUGCUGGGCUAUUUUAAACCCGAAGCAAAUAAUUCUUGUCUUGUUCCCCUGCUCUCUCAAGCCAGGUUGUGUCUUUUACAUGCCAGCUGAAAUCUUAAUACAUACUACACAUGGAUUUUUAAAAAUCCUGAUUUCUAUGACUGGUGAAGUCAUAUGAGCUGACCCACUACUUCACUUCUUGGCCCUGUUUGCAUACUCCUUCCUCUUUGUGUAGAAAUCUGAACUGUUGAAUUGUAUGCCUGCUGUGGCUUCUUCAAGUGAAGAGUGUACGUGAAUUUGGUACUGAUGGGGAUACAGAUGCUGAGAGAAACACAUGCCUGUUAGCUGAUGUAUGCCCAGCAAACUUCCACCGGUUAUGCCAACUUUCCAUCUUUGGAGUGCAAAGUCCAAAUGCCAAAGAAAUAGCCCACACUACUGAGUUUACCAUCAGCCAGCUCUCCUCCACUAUAGUGACUACACAAUUUCCUGCAUUCCUAUUUACGUAUUUUUCGCUCUAUAACACUCACCGGACCAUAACACGCACGUAGUUUUUAGAGGAGGAAAACAAGAAAAAAAAAUUCUAAACGAAAUAGUGGAUAUAUGAUUUUUGUGGUUCAUGCUGUGGCCACAGACAUGUGAUCUGACGGUUAGUUUGGAGUAGCCCAAUGCAAAAAUCCUGAGGAUCCAUGUGGAUCCAUGCUUUGUAACCACGGAGGAGGAAAGGAAGGGGAACCAUGGAUCCUCUGCUCACGAAUGCAGCAGAUCCCCCCGCCACCCGCAGGCAUUCGCUCCAUAACACGCACAGACAUUUCCCCUUACUUUCUAGGAGGAAAAAAGUGAGUGUUAUGGUGCAAAAAAUACGGUAUAUAUCGCCAUUCUUACAUAUUGGAAUACAAAGAAGUGUACAUAGGGUUCCCAGACAUUUUUCCAUCCAGGCACUGACCAAACCCAGACCUGUUUAUCUUCAGCAUGAUUUACUACACCAUAUGCUCUGAGAAAUGGUUUAUGAUAUGAAAUCCUGAAGAGCUCAGUUUGACAAAUGUUGGUGGAUUACUACUGUUCAUUGGGGUUAUUAUUUGCCGAUUGAGGGGUCUGUGUCUAUUUAGUUUUUCUGUUUAAAAUGGUACUUUGUUGUUGAUGUCUCCUUUAUUGUGUUGGUGUAUUUUUUAUUUUAAAAAAACCAAACCCCAACAAAUUGUAUUUGUGGCAUUGUAGGUUUUUGCUUUUAUUGUGAGUCACACUUGUUAGGUGACACAGACAUUAAAUAAAUUAUAACAAUAAUAAACAGUUGAUGUGUUAGGGUUACCCUUACCUACUAGAUGAGCAAGUGAUGUGACUUGGAGAUAAAUGACUUCUUGUAUCUAGAAGUACAUCUCUCUAUCUCAAGGUCUGUUAUAACUCUGUUAUAAGAGAGUGCUCCAUUAAUAGAUAGGGGGCAAACAAACAAGCAGCACACCAAGGUGUUUUCAGAGGAAACGACUCGAGCAAGCGAUCCAAGGUGUACACUUUUGAGAAAGCAAAUACGCCCCAGGAUCAAGGUUCAAUCUGAAACAGGGAAAUUAUUUUAGGGGGCUAGAACCUGUUCACCUAAUUAAUAAAAGGGAAAUUGUAUUUGGAAUUCUGAUCCAUUCUUUUCAGUCUGUAUCUAGCUGUUGCACAUCCACAUAAUCCAGCAGGAAAAAGGGACACACUUGAGGGUUUGGGGGGUGGGGCUUGUUACUGAGAAACCAAAAUAAACAGCCAUAUUAUUCAGGCUAGUUCAUUUAGAAUUCAGCACAACCCCAAAUGUUCAGUGUGAGUUGCACUAUAUUUUAAUACCAGCCUUUUAAAAUAAGCAUGCAAGGCACUAUGUCUUCUUCAAAUGCCACCUUUUCAGAUUGCCUCAAAAUUAGCUUUCCCUUAUGAAGUUGCCAUGCUCCCCCAAGUUUGUAAGAGAUAAUGAUCCACACAACAGGGUAAAUGCAUGUUGUUGCUUUCUCUAUUGCAGAUGUUCUCAAACAGUGAUGAGGCUGCAAUCAACAAAAAACUUCCCAAAGAACUGCUGCUUCGGUAAGUCGCCUUUUGGCUUGUGCAAGUCUAGGAGUUUUGGUAAUAGCUGAGUGAGCAGAGACCAUAGUUGACUGUAAGUCAAUAAAAUCCGUAAAUUCAACAAAUUCUGAAGGUGGCGCAGAAUUAUGCAAACAUCUCCCAAAACUCUUUAAUCUGUCAGUCAGGCUAGUUUUACUGAGUGUGGUUAUGCCAUGCAGAAUCAACAGGCAUUAGGAACCUAAAUAAGGUAUAUUGGUAUGUGCCCUGCCACUACCUCUUCCUUAAGCAAUGAGAAGUUCAGGGACAGUACUAUGUGGUUUGGUUUUCUUUGGCUGAAAAAAGCACAUGAGACUAUGGGGUCUUUGUAAUUAAUCUAUUUACCAAUAUGCAACAGUGUAUUAGAAACAAGUAGACUCCUAAAAAGAAAGGCAGCAUGACUGCUAAUCUGCUUUAGAUUCCCAAAGAGAGCAACUGUGGUCAAGGUGCUUCAGUUUGAGCCAACUCGCAGCUCAAAAUUUUCAAAUCUUUGAAUGAGGAAAUUAAAACUAACUUUAUAGAUUUUUAUGCCACUGCCAUCGGCUUCCAAAUGCAAGGAGGAUCGUUUUCCAGCCAUUCAGGAUGGUUAAUAUUACAGUGUUGUUGUUUUUAAGUUCCUGACCAUCCUUUAGUGGUUUGUAGCCAGUAAUAACUGGUUGACUGAGAGUUUGACAUGAAUGUAAUUUUAAAGAUUUACACCCUGGCUUUAUCUUCUGAAGUUUUAUUAGAUUUGAUUGCUAGCAGUUAGAUACAGUUGUUAAUAAUAAACUUGUGUUGAAGCUAGAACUUGACCACUGGUUUACUGUUGGAACUACAAAUGGACUAGUCAACCUGUUUGCAGUCUGUGACACUUCACAUGUGUUCACUUGUCAGUUGCCUCUCUCCAGUUUCCACAUUGAUUUGCAUUUUUUUUUUUUAAGAUCUGCAUGAAAAUUUGCAUCUCUCAAAACACUCAUAUCUAAAUGCAUUUUCUUGCACAAUGCACAUUCUAACAAAUAUUGGUACAUUUUUAGAGCUAAGGACAGCAUUGGAACAUUAGGAAAGUGAGCGUAAAAAUUGUUGAAACUAAAUUCUGAACUGCACAUUAGUCUGGGAGGUGUCAGUUCAUAUCAGAAUUCAUAAAUAUGGCAUUCCUCAAGCAUCCCUAGUUGGAACUAUUGUUAAAUGUGUCUCUUCUGCCGCACAUACAAGGUACCUGAAGAUGUCACACAAAUAAACUCAGGAAUUAAGAAUACACAUAGCCUAAAGAGCAAACAAAGAAAAAUGUUUAUUAGUGGUAUGUAAUAUUUUGUUAGCUUUUGGUAAUGCAAAUAGAGGAGGGAUGGGAAAUGUAAUGCAAAUAGAGGAGGGGUGGGAAACAUUUGCUAUUAAAGUUGACACUGGAAAUCCAAUGUAAAGAUGCAGAGCUGUUAUUCACUCAUCCUAUAAUUCUCCUUUUCAAAAAUCAUGAACUACGUGUGAACUGAUAGGAAGAGUUGAGUCAGUCUCUCAAAUCUUGAUUUAUGGAUUGUAUGCUCUAUUCUACUGCCUAAAAUUUGAUUCUAUCAAGUUAGUGACAGAUACUAUAUUCCUUAUGAAAGUGUGAAAAUAGUAAAGGGACACCUAUAUACUUACUAUGUUCAACCUACCAUCUUGUGACUCCAACCUGUCUAAUCUUUCAUCGGGCUUGCAGAUUGUACCAGUUUUACCUGCCUCUUUGCCGACUAAAUGUCAGCAGUUUUUUUAAGGUGGCUUGUAUGUGUGCAUACCAGUGAGCAGUAGCAAGUACCUGUUUAAGUGUAAAGUGGUGGACUCUAAUGUUAAAUGUGAGAUAAAAGAACCGGUAAAACAAACUUGCCAAUCCAGUUAGCUCAGGUUACAGACAUGGUAGAUCAGCGAUAGGCUGCUUUACGUUGUUACAGCUAGUUUUAAAGGUUGUGACAUCAUAUACUGGCUGUUAGAUAGCAUCACUUGGCCUUUCUCUCCAGCUAGCAGAAUAGUCAAUACCUAAAGCUUACUUACUGAUUAUUUCGUUCUUAAAUAUUGGAUUCUGUCUCCCAAACUUUUGGAGCUGGUUUCUGGGAAUUUCAAACAUUUUUCCAACAUCUCUGCUAGUACAGUGUACAAAAACUUUAGGUGAUUAAAGUUAUCUUUGGUUUCUUGAACUUUAGCCCACAUUGUGGAUCAGGGGGAUAGAAGGUUUGUUUAUUUUGGAUAUGGAAGAUCAACUUAGCAGUGAAGCAUAUCAGACUAGCCUUCAGCAAAUCACACACUCUGAGCUGAAUCUUCACAUAGUUGCUUUGAGGAUUUGCUAAGUAUUGUAACUUGCCUGAAGCUCUACAGAUAUAAAUAAUAAAACUGCAUUUUCAUAUAUUUCCAUUGCUGGAUGUUUGUUAAUCUGCGUACUGAUCGUAGGGGUUUUGGUCUUGCAGGCCCCAUGAAAACACCCCCGUUUGCUCAUGUAUUUGUAUAUUGCUUGCCCAGCUUUGUGUUAUGAGGUUAUUGAUGUGCAGUUUUACCAAACACUUUGGUAUGGCCAUAGGGUCAACAGUUACCUGAGUUUUCACACUAGCAAGCCAUUUGCUUGCAGUUGGGGAAGGUAGGGACAAUUGAGACUAACCUGACUGUAUCCUUCGUAGCCUAAUUGUGUGGUUAAAUUUUAGUUGUUAACUUAAUGCAUUUUAGAAUCCUCCUGAAAAAUGUUCAUUGAAUUUCUUUACAAUCAGAGAUUCAGGGGUAUAACUGACUCCUUAGAAAUAAUCAGCACAUGAGUUAUCCUGUUUUAGCCUCACAACUCUAUAAGGCUGCAUACACUGAGAGCAGAGACUUGAACCCAAAUCAAUGUCCACUACUCUGCUGUAGUCUAGCUCUCAUAUAAAUCCUUCAUGCAGUUGGCAGAGUUACUAUGGAAAGCUGCAUACUCGAGAUUACAUAGAGUUGCCACGGAAUGAUGCUUCCCUUAAAGGCAAAAUGUAGAUAAGUCCAGAGACCUCUUUACAUCUAAGGAAUGCAUAUAGAAGCAAGCUGUUGCUUAUGAAAGCUUUGCCACAAUAAAAUGAUUAAUUUUGGAGGUAUUGCAAGCCGCUUCUUAUUUAUUUAUUUAGCAGCAGAUUAAUACGGCAGUCUUUCUGGAAUUCCUCCUGAGAAGCUGAGUUCUGCAUUCAGGGUUCUGCCAAACUUUGCUCUUGGGAACAAACGAGGAGGAUUGAGUUUAUAAAAAGUUAAACCAUAAGCAAGAGUUUUGAGAACUGGAAACUUUCUGUUGUGCAUACUGCGAAAAUUCAUUAAUGCACAUUGGCAGGGCAGCCUUUGAAAGGGAGUCUUAUCAAGGGGACAGGCUUAUAAAUGGGCAUCAGUUUCUGUCAGACAAAGGCUGGUGUGUUUUCAUACAGCCCUGCUGUGUAAGUUCUUGUUCCCUCAUUCCUUCAUUCCAAAGAAUGUCCUGACGUCUCAUGUACGGGGGUGUUGAGUGAAAAGCAUUAUUUUUCUCCCAUUGAGUUGCAGUAGUGUGGACAACAGGUUGGCUUCUAAUCAUGAUGACUUUGCACUGGGAUUCCUACAUUGUGUCUGACACUGGAGGUUUGUUUGCCCUUUCUGCUGCCACUUCAUCAUGCUCUGGCAACACAAGGGAGGAAAAUAGGGGACAGGAGUACCAUGCCAACACUGUUUGUUUUUUCUCGCUCUAACUCUUUUGCACACACACACACACACACUCAAUACAGAUGGCAGCCACAUAAAUGUGCAGUGGUAAAGAAGGAAACACAACAUCAUAACAUUUGAUGAGUUACAGUGCUAGUAUUCGAACGGAUCUGGAACCUGUUUGCUUUCCAGCACACCUGAGAACUAGAGGACAACUGUGUUGUCAGUCCAUUAAAUGUAGGCCAGAGCUUAGGCCUGAACAGUGGCAUCCAUCCCUGCAUAAGAGAUCAUGUUGCGAUGGUUCCUGCUCCCUUACCGUAGGCACUUCUUCAAGCCAUGCAGCACUUUUCUGUAAUGAUGAUUUUUGUCACUUCUUAUUCUUGUGAGAAAGCUUUUUGUUUAAUCUAGCCUUGUGGAAAAUUGCAAUUAAUUUUUGCCUGCCUUCACAUACCUAUCAGUAACAGGGCAGCUUGGGUGGGUUUGGUAAUUUGCUCACUUGGAAAAUAAUGGUUUCUCUGUUUGGGCAAAUCAUUCAUUUUUUCCUUCAUAUGGAGGACUAUCUCUAUAUUUAGUGUAUGGCCAUUUCAGAAGAUUUUAAUUAUGGGUGUUUGUUUAAUCGUUUGGCUGACUUUUGCAUAUGGUCUGAGGAAUUGGAGUUCCCAGUUAGAGGGAUAAGAGGGGUUGGUGACUGCUCCAGUUUUCAGGGAAAUCCUAUGUCUGUUUGCCCUUGGCCUUAAAGGCUGUUUUUUUCUGUUGUUGCUUAAGUAUUUGUUGUUUAAUCUCAACCUGAUUGUAUCUCUGGGGGAUUGGUUUUUGGAGAUGGCUGGGAAGCUAUAUUUGCAUUGGAGAAAGAAGAGGGAGCCAUUCCCAUUUGUGAGUGUGGUGAGCAAAAGUGAAUAUAUAGCAGUGAUAUUAAAACAGGUCAGUCCAAGGGAAGGCUAGGCAGAUACUUAAGACGUGCUACACAGUGGGACAACAUGUUCAUUGAGCUAUCCACUACUACCCCAAGGUCUCGUUCCUUGCCAGUCACCACCAGUUCAACCCCCCACAUCACUGUAUAUGUCACAUUAAGGUUAUUAUUUUUUUGCACCUACAUGCAUCACUUUACACUUGUUUACACUGAAUUUCAUUUACCAUUUUACCCCCCAUUCGCUCACUAAGACUGUUUGUUUCAAAAGAAUAGCAUUCAAAAUUCGCCCCCCCCCCCAAGAUUCCCAUUCUCACACAAAGAUCUACAGCAUUAUGUUGUCACUGCUAGAAAGUUCAGUGCUCUUGGUUUCAAAGGUAAGAUCUAAUGCACCCUAUGAAGAGCUUCUGCCUGUAUAGUUGUCCCUUGGGCUCUGUUUUUUCCUAUUGUGGCUCCCUGCAGUGCCCAAGAAGCAGUUUUCAAAACUGACAGGAACUUCGGAGAGCAUUCAGUCUCCAAUGCAGGAUAUAAGGAGGUGUAAUAAUCAGAACAGGAAACUGGGAAAGCCCCUUGAUUUCUUUGAAUUCCAGACAAGGGUGUUUUUGCUUUUUCAUUUUUAGUUUCAGUUAAUAUGUUCUUUAUUUUUGAGGGGUUUGUAGCUUCCCUUUACUGGGUUGCUGUAGUUAUGACAGCUUGUAAAAUUGCUCAUUUUGAAGGGGUAAGUAUUUGCACCCAUCAAAGGUUUAUAGAACCUUUCUGCAGCUCUUUGUGGUUUGGCUAGCAGUCCCAGAAAUUAUUUUCCCCCUCCUUUAAAUAUACAAAAUUAGGACUAGAAAAUGCUUGUCCAGUAAAAUAAGUCCCUUCAUCAGCCAGUGAUAGUUGGGAUGCAACAUUUGCUAUUCUCCCCCUUUGGAUUCUACCCGUGGGUGAGGACAAAAAGAUUACUCUGACAUCUAGAGCCAUUGGAGAGAAAGUGUGAGCUCUUACCUCAACUUUGACCUUCAUAUACGUCUCUUGAAGCUGUGGUUUGGAACACAGCAGGUUGAGACACAUCUAGUUGCUCAGCAACAAUUCCUACAACUGCUACAAUGUCCCAAACAUUAGACUCAGAAGCCUUUUUAAAAAGGCCUCCCCAUUUAACUGUAGUAUUUAGCUAACAGUAAGGCCUGGUUUCCACAUUGCCUUCAUUUCAUUUCAUUUCAUUUCAUUCCGUUCCAUUUCACUUUUAAUUUCUAUAUUACUAUGCACAAGAUGGAUUUGCAACAACCAAGUAUACGGCAAAGAUCACACACCUUAUAAUAGUCUGAUCCAAUACAAAAAUGUCAUGAUAAAAACUUGACUUUACAAUAAAAAUAUCAAAUAAAGUAAUGUUCAAUAAUACAUUAGAAUAUAAUAGUACACAGUAACAUUAACUCUCAAAAUACCAGGAAAUAAUAAUUAAACAAAAAUUCACCCUUAGCAAUUCCAUUGAAUAAUUACUAAAGUAUAAUCAAUAAAAAUAACCAUCUCACAGUGCAUAAAAUACCACAGUACGUUCAAAGGAUCAAAUUGAGAAACAAAGACACACAACUUAUAACAACAUUUUAAAAAAUAACAAUCCCUGAACUCUUCUCCCUUCCCAGCUACUUCAGAAGCAUGGCUGGUGUCAUCCUAACAAUUACACCCAGGUCCCUCAUGCAACAUGUAAAUUUUCUAUAUAAACCUCUCUGGUGACCUGUAUGCUCGUGCAAUAAUCAUAAUCAGUACAGAAUUUCACCUUAAUGAUACUGGUGGAUGAUAUAUGUUACCCAUAGUAGCUGUAGAAGUAAUUGUAGUGAGGACAUGUUGUUGGAUAGCAUGUAAACCCAGAAAUGCAACAUUAAAUUAUCCUCAGAUAAUCAACAACAACCACAAAUUCAAUUGUACUAAUCGUUGGUCUUGAAAACUUAAGAAAUAAGACUCCAAUAUAAAACUCCAAUACAUACACAGUGAAUAAGGCUAAAUAAUAUGCUAAAAGUUUAAAUACUAUGUAAUUAUCAUAAAACAAUUACCCAAUACAAUAAAAGCCCCAGUGUAAACUAAUGGAAAAACCACUUGAAACUGUCAGAUGUCUAGUAUGAUGUUAUGCUGGCACUUUCCAUUUAGUGCUUUCUUGAAAGUUUUGGGGGUAAUUUUAUAGAAUAACGUUUGCAUUUUUUGUGUUAGUGUGUUUUUCUUGUAAACUGCAUAGAAAUUUUAAUUAAGUGGUAUAAAAAAGAAAUUAAAAAUCAGUAAGCAAAUUCCUCUCUCGCUACUGUGGCUUGGGGCCACUUUGGAGCUGAGCUGAUCAGUCCCUCUCUCUCUCCUACUUACUGUAGUAUAUUCCACCCUCCCCUAAAGUGAGCUAUUUAAGUAGAGGCAUUAAGCAACAGAGGUCAGGAGGUUAAUUAAACAUGCAAGGGACUGAAAUCGUAUUACUCUUAAAAAGCGGAGCUGAGCAAAUGGCUAAUGGCAAGGUGGCCUUUGUGUUGCUGAUGGGAGAUCACACAAGCACACAAAGCCAACAUAGAGGUGGACUUUCUCUUAGAACAGAUUGCCUAUACAGUGGUACCUUGAUUUACAAACUUAAUCCAUUCUGGAAGUCCGUUCUUAAACCAAGGUGUGCUCAACAUGUUCUGCUUCCAAGGCAAAGUUCACAAACCAAAACAGCUACUUACGGGUUUGCAGCGUUCUUAAUCCAAGUUGUUCAUAAACUAAGCUGUUCUUAAACCAAGGUACCACUGUAUAUCUCAGUGAAAUGUAGGUAUGAUUAAAUGCUUGCACCUUUCAAAAUUAGCUCUCAUUGUUGGUUUUUAUAGAUCAACAUGGUUUAGAAGAAGCCACUACCCAAAUAGAAAUCUAGGGGGUUUUGGCAGUAAUUGGGGUGGUAGUGGUACAUUUUUAGCAUUUGACUUUUAAACUAAAUUUCUCCCUGAAGGUUUUAUUAAACAACAUAUACCAUUGUGUUUGGGGGCUUUACAACCUGCUCUGGCCCAAUAUUUGCUUGCAAUAAUAUGUUAAAAGUCCAGUGCCAAGGGCCUUCUGGCGGUUCCCUCGCUGCGAGAAGUCAAGUUACAGGGAACCAGGCAGAGGGCCUUCUCGGUAGUGGCACCCGGCUCUGUGGAACGCUCUCUUGUCAGAUGUCAAAGAGAAAAACAACUACCAGACUUUAGAAGACAUCUGAAUGCAGCCCUGUUUAGGGAAGCUUUUAAUGUUUGACAGACUAUUGUAUUUUAAUAUUUUGUUGGAAGCCGCCCAAAGUGGCUGGGGAAACCCAGCCAGAUGGGCGGGGUAUAAAUAUUUAUUAUUAUUAUUAUUAUUAUUAUUAUUAUUAUUAUUACUAUUAUUAUAUAAAUUGACUGGCCACCUGUUAAAAAUCUGCUCCCUAGCAACCACAGUUUAUCUCACAUUAAAAUGUCUAGCAACAUUUGUAGAGGCACUCAUUCUUGAGCUCUGGUGGGCACCCAGUAAACCACUUUCACAUUUGAGAAACUGCAGUGGAGGACUUAUCCACAGUACAAAAAUGCGUCUUCUUUGCUUUCUUUCUCACAAUCCUAAAACAUUCCCAUGUUGUGUUAUAAUACUGCAUGCUUUGUUGCAUAUAAAUGCAUGGAGAGGAAAUUUCUGAAGAAUGAGAAGUAAAGAAAGGUUCAUAGAGAGCUGAGUUUUAAAACCUCGUGACACGCAUCCUGCCAAGUCUAACCCUCCUCCAAGAUUGCUAUAUAUGGCAGUGGGGAGGUUUCUGCAUACUGGGAAAGGGGAAAGCUGUCGGAUAGGGCCUGAGAGUUACUUUCUGUUUGCCUAUCGUGCUCUGGUUUGGAAACACACAGUUUAUAUAUGCAGUAGAGUACUCCCAGUCUAGAUGAUGAUAAUGGGAGUGGAUAUGUCCGGUCCCCCCCAGUGUGUAGAUUCCAAGUUGUUUGGUGUAUAAAUAUUUAAAACGAACAUGACUGUACCUCAGUAAAAAGAUCUUUCAUUUCUUCUAGAUAAUAUUCAUGCCCAGAGUUAAGCCAGCUUCCCACCCUUUCUUAACCACUUCAUUCAUCCUGAUGUAGUUUGUGUAAAUCAAAAACUUGCAUGUAUUUCACAUCAAGGUGGUGAUCCAGUAAAAUACAUGAUUAUCUUCUUUUUUGUAUCUUUGUGAUUCUCAUCGCUGCCCCUCCCUUUGACUAACUUCCUAGUGAUGUGAAGUGUUUUCUACUUUGCAGAAAGAGUGAGCAGGAAUAAUUUGGAGGGAGAGCACAAAAAGAAUCAUGCAAGUGCACAAUGGUUUUGCCAGGUUCAUGGAGUAUGGAGUUGUGGGAUCCUGUUCUAGCCCAGACUGAGGAACGCUCUGAGGAAUUCCAACCUCACUGUUGGCAAGAAGAAGCUGCAUCAUCAUCAGUUCAUUGCAGCUCUGGGGUGUGUAACUAAACAAUGCCUGCAGAGUCUCUAAGCUGCUCUGGCUUGGCUAAAAGAGCAUUCCUACUGAGCUUUUAGGCAGCUUUCAGUGCUGUUUUUAGUCCUUGAAAUAUCCUUGGAAAGUUUGCAUAGGUUUCUUAACCCAAAGAGAUCUGCCCAUCCCUGGAGAUACAAUGCAAAUGAACCCUAUCAUAAACCACCUGAGAGCACACGGAUGCAUUUAAAUUAAUGACUAGAGCAUCCUUGUUGUUUCUCGAUUUUCAUACUUGUUGAAGCUUUUCUGAGGGAUUGGGUGUAGGAUAGAUUUCUAGUAUUCAGGUACAUUUAGGGAGAGAAGAAGGGGAUAUAAAUCCCAGAAAAAAAGGUAUGCAUUCAAAAGGAAGUAGUGUUACCAACGUGUUGCAGUUGUGGUCUGUAUCGUAAAUGCUGCAUAGCAUAUUAAGAGAUUAAAGGAAGGGCCGUUUGUGUGCCAUAACUCUUCAGGAGCACAGAAAAGGUGCAAAAUGGGUUCAGUUUCCUGAGAUUUUUCCACUUUCAAUUCUAAGAGUGGCUAGCCCUUAAACAGAGAAGGUGCAUUUGAAAAUGGAUGGGCAGUGCCUUCUGAAAACUCAAUACAGUCAAGUGUUCCACAAAGACGGCCUACAUUUUAAUUGCAUCCUAGUGCCAUUCAGUAAUAAAGGCAAGAGUCCUGCAAGGGUCUGAGUACAUCAUAUCUCUGUCUGCCUCUCUUUUCAUCCCCAACCACAUUUAAAAUCUGUGUUUUAUUCUUGCUAUGUGGUAUUCAUGCUACUAGCUUUUUUAUUAGUUUUACUUUGCUUUUUUUAUUUAACGGCAUUUUUAACAAAACGUGUCGGUAUUGACAAGGAUUGUUUGAGCUCAUAAAUAUUGCUGUUAGACAUUUAUAAUGUGUGAAAUAGUGUGAAAGAAUUCAUUGCCAUUAUUUUAAACAGUAAACUGAUUUUGCUGUUUGUAGUAAGUGUAUUUCUUAAUUCCAGUUGUCAUAUAAUAAGGAAUUAACCCUAAUAGAGAAACAACACAUAUUUGAUUAUUUGCUGUUUGUUAUUCCAAGAAUCAAUCUUUGUUACAGUUCUAUUAGAGGAGUGCUUUAGGUAUUUGACCGGUCAAAUUGUUACAUAUUUUUUGACUGGUCAAAUGUUAAAUCCUAUUCCACUUUUAAUUUUUCAGGGCUGAGCCCAGGCACUGGAAACAGGCUGCAAGACCAAAUAUACCAAUUGUUGCUAAACAAUUUGUGAGGAGAAUCCCAUGUGCAUGUUCCAAUGUUUAGUUAUUUGUAUAUAUGUGUUUGUUAACAGAAUAUUCUCCUUCCUGGAUGUGGUCACGCUAUGCCGUUGCGCUCAGGUCUCCAGGGUAAGAAUGUUUGCAAACUAGUACUGGUAAGGUUUUAAUUGCUUGUCUCUUGGGCACCUCCAGUUUGUCAUCAUAUCCCAGAGCCAAGAAAGUGUCAGCUUGAAGGAAUAUUUCAACAAAGGCCCCAUUUGCGCUAUAUAUUUAAAGCAUACCACUUUAAACAAUCAUUGCUUCCUUCAAAGAUUCAUGGCAACUUUUGUUUGUUAAGGGUGCUGAAAACUGUUAUUCUUCCCUCGCAGAGCUACAGGUGUCAUAGUGGUUUCACAUUCAAUUCCUCUUCCCAAAGAACUCUGGGAAUUGUAGCUCCAUGAAAGGAAUAGGAGUUUUUCAUCCUAUCAACUCUCAACACCAUUUACAAACUACCCAGGGUUCUUUGGGAGAAGCCAUAACUGUAAAAAGUGGUAUGAUACUCCUUUAAUUGUACAAGUGCAGAGACAUAGAAUGCACAUCCUCCCCACAGGUUGUAUUCCCCACUCACCUUUUUUUUUUUUUUAACUUUUCUUUUCUUGUAAUAUUACCUGCUGAGGUCUGUCUUAGUUUCGACCAGCCAGAUCUAACUGGGUGGAGUUUUACUAUUUUGAGAUUUUCAAAUAGCCUAGGAUAGAGAUUCACAAAGACAUGUUAUAUGUUUCUGCCAACUGCCCUAUACUGAAUAAUGGGGUAAAAAGUUAUCACUAUAGCAAAAGGGAAGGUCCCUAACCUAUGUCAAAUAUAAUUAUUUUUCUGUUACCUCUCUCAGACGCAAACACAGGCAUGUCUCUUGAUUGUGGAAAAUGUUGGGCAUACAGGGAUUAAUGCUCCCCUCUCUCCUGUAGGAUAUGUGUGCAUCUGCUUAUCAUAAAAAUUCUGGGUGGAGAUGUGACUGCUAUUAUGGAAACAAAAUAAUUAAGUAUCAACCUGCAUAUAUAUUUUAAAAAUAUUUUUUAAAAGAACAUUAUGAACUCAUAGUUUGCCCCAGUCACUAAAUGCCUGACUGGAACUGAUGCUCAGGCUCAAACUCUGAAGGAGGGAGUGCCGAAGCUGUAGCUAAACCACUGAGAUCACUGUGAUGAGGAAGUUGGAUCAUGCAAAUUCACAUUUGUUGCUUGUUUCUCCAGCACUGGCACAUUCUUACACAUUGGGCAAAAAAAUCCUGGUGGGUUCAACUUCCGACCUGUCUGUGACUAUCCAGGAAAUAGAUCUUCAGGUUGUGGUGGAUAGCUCAAUGGAAAUGUUAACUCAAUGUGCAACAUCAGUGGAGUGAGCAAAUUCCAUACUGGGAAUCUUUAACAAAGGGACCAAAAAUAAAAUGGCCGCUAUUUACAAAGCUUCUGUAUUUCAUUCUGAUUGUCCCAUCUCAAAAGGGAUAUUGUAGCACUGGAGAAGGAAAACCCAAAAUAUUCAGGGACUUGAAGCAUCUUCCUUACAAAGAAACAACUAAUGCCCUUGGGAUUUUUUUAUUUGGGUAAAAAAAGACAGCUGGGGAGGCGAAUUGAGUUUUUUUAAUUACCGGUAUGUAUGAUGUGGAGUAGAUAGAUGUUUUGCUUCCUCUCUCAUAACACUAAUGAAAUUAGUGGGCUGGACAGUCAAAAUUAACAAAAUGCAUCUUGAUAUUAUGGUUGCCAUUGGGUUUUUAAAAAAUAAAAUGAACCAAUUCAUGGUUCUUAUUAGCUGCUAUAGCUAUAUAGCAGCUAUGUGGAUUAGGUGGGCCUUCCAUCUGAUCCAGCAAGACUCCCACAUUCUGUAGUUCUUCCCUUCUUUUCCCAUGGCCCCUUCCAUUGCCUGUUCAGUUCUAACCUUCCUCAGUGGGUAAUGCAAAAUAAUAUAUAUGACAUGGCGAAGUGCCAUGUGAGACAUUAAAAUGCGUGCUUUAAAGCUUUUUUAUUUUUUAGUGUGAAACUAUAGAAAAUUCCAAGGCACCAUCAGCCAAUACAGUCACCUCUUUUAAGGAUGGGGAAGGGAGGGCAGGUGCCUGCUCUGCUUUACCAAUAGUGUUAAGACACUGGAGAGUAAGUUACUCCUUUGCAACUACUCAUGCCUCUGUAGGCCUGUGUACCACUUAGACAGUUUGUGUUUUUUUAGAGGGUGCUAGCUCCUGUACUAAGGCAGACCCAGACAAUCAUGUCAUUCACUGCAAAGUAUGGCACCAUAGCCUGACCAUUUGAGUGUAAUCACCAGGUGUGCAUGUUUCAGAAUUGUGGAAGACCCAACUGUCUGUGGUUCUUUAAACAGAAAGAAAUGGCAACCAGAACAAACAAUGAUUUAAGCAUUCUCUCAGCAAUUCUGUUGCUACACUGAAAAUCAUUGGGGCCUUUCACGCAUGGGUUUGCUAGAAGCAUCCCACUGGAAGCUGCACCUCAUUAAGGGCCAGUGGCUUUGGUGUCGGUUUAAAUUAGACCCAAGUGUUGCUUUUAUUUCUGCCACAUUUCCCCACAUUUUACAUUCUUUUCACUGUCUUCUCCCUUUUCACUGCAGGCGUGGAAUGUCCUGGCCCUGGAUGGCAGCAACUGGCAGCGCAUUGACCUGUUUGAUUUCCAGAGGGACAUAGAGGUAUAAUUAAGUGGUGUGCAGAAACAAUGUCUCUAGUUAAACUGUAAUUACAGCACUGUGUAAGAUCAGUAAUAAACUGUGUAAUCUUUUGCAUCUUUCCCCAGAGAUAGGAUUGUUAAUUUCUAGUUUCUAGCUCCAGGGUUUCAGAUACUGAAACCGCGCUAACUUAUUUUAUGCCCAUAGGUUUGUGGGUGUGUGAACUCUCACUUGUGUGCAAAGACCUGGAUCCCUAACUUGUUAAUAUUUUUACUGGGGAAAGAUCUAGGGGUGGUAACUUCCCAUUUAGCAGAUCUGGGCAAUUACUUCAUUGGCCGCUUGCAAGAAUAAUGCACCAUUAGGAUAGGUGAGAGAGUGUAUUUUGAGUGGUGGGCUUUUUGGAGUACUGCUAAGGGCAGCAGAUUGUAAAACAUUUGGGUUAAAAAACAAACAACCAACCAUUUGGUAAGGAUGCCAUUUGGAUUUCCUUCCUCAGGCACCAAAAUAUUUUGGUCCAUUCCUAGUUGCACAAAAUCUAUUCUUUAUGUGAUAACCGUUGCCGUGGAAAGAACCUGUUCUGGUUCCUUGGGGCUCUUAGCCACAUUAGUGGCUUCCAAGUGGAAGAAGCCUAGCUCAGUGGUGGAACAUCUGCCCUGCAUGCAGAAGGACCCAGGUUCAGACCCCGGCACCUCAAAGCAGGGCUGGGAAAUACCCCAAGUAGGGUUGUCUGAAAUCCUGGAGAGCCGCAGCCAGUCCAUGUAGAGUAGACAGUACUGACCUAGAUGGACCAAUGGUCUGAUUUGGGAUAAGGCAGCUCCCUAUUUUCUCAUGUAGUCGAAUUUCCCAUUGCAGCAGUCAGAUCUGUGCCAUUUGAUAUGACUUAGGAACUUCUGGCAUGAGCUUUAAAGCUAUACUGUUCAUACCAGGGGUUCUCAAAUUGUGUAAUGGGGAGCCAAUCCGAGUCAGAUUUUUGUGCAGAAAACCAGCUCUUUGAACUUCUCCAAGUAUAAUAUUAUUGUGGCUCGGUGACAGGACCCUAUGCACGGCUGGCUAAUGGUUUUCUGUCAUGCUGAUGGCUCCUGUCAGCUCAUAUUUUGUUAAGUAAAAUAGUUGUCUGUGGGCUGUCUUUUGCAGGCGCAAACUGGGAAAAGAGUAUAUUGCAGCAAACAACCGUGAAUGUGGGUUGAAUGGCGGCAUGUCAAAUCAUGAUUUGUGCCUAUAGGUUCAGAUGACCAAUUUGCCACUAGCAAAGAAGAAUCUGAGCAGCACACAGGGAUUGUGUGACCUUGCCCUAGAUUCAGCUUAUUAUGGGCCAAGUACAUAUAAAUCAUUCUACAGAAUGCAGGUUUCUGGAGUACAGAAUUUAAAUGCACAAAUUUGAGGAGGAUUUGAGGGUAGGAUAAAAAAAGGGUAUCAACCAGGGGAGGAGUGGGUUAAGGGCGGGGGGAGUUGAUGCUUUUACUAAAGAAAUGAGAAAGUUAUUUACCACAUGGAAAGUUAAGCAAAGCUAAUUACUCUGGAAGGUCACAUCAAUCGAAUUCUCUUCCUGGUCUUUUUACAGGGGCGUGUAGUGGAGAAUAUUUCUAAAAGAUGUGGGGGUUUCUUACGAAAGCUGAGCCUUCGUGGAUGCCUAGGUGUGGGAGACAACGCAUUAAGGUAGAGAGGUCAAGUGCUUUGCCACUGAAAAAGCACAAAUAAUUUUAUUUUUCUAUCCAGCGGAGAACCUGAACACGUAGGGUGGGGCAGUGAGCCACUUUCAAAUGAGGUUAUAGCAUUUCCAAAAUAAUUGGCUCCUGUAUUGAUAUCGCACUUAGGCGGUCCCAUUUCUAUCGGUUUAGAAAAUGAGCCUACCAAAAAUAGUGGGGGUUGUGCAUACUUGCAUAAUUCGCAAAUUAAAAGAAUUUUUAAAAAUUGAAAUGAAUUGACAAGAACCUAUUAAGAGUGACUUUCAGGUCCUGCAGAGCAUUGAGAGCAUCAAUUGAAAGAAAAUAAUGAGGAAAUGUAUGGGAAACAUAUUAUUUGCCUGCUUGAGUCCAUAACAAUUUAUAGUGUCCUAGAACUGGGGAUUACCAUUGAAAGAAUGUGUGCCAUGAGGUUAAAAGAGAAAAAUCCCUCUCUUAUAUGGAGAAGUUUCAAGAGAGAAAAGAAAACAUGUCCUCUUUUCUGUUUUCCACCCUUCUGACCUAUCCUACUUAAAGCAUUCAGGUUAAUGGCUGGCAGCUAACCCCAAACCUGAGCUGUUUAGCACUGUGUAGUGCCUUGGGAAAAUAUAUGAGUAAGGACAAGAAAUACUUCCUUUUCAUUUUCUCCUGAAAGCCACCAACUUUCAUGUUGGCACCCCUGGUAGAUUCUGCAGUUGCUGGAUCACAGUCCAUUGAACAGAAUUACAGAACAGAAGUGGGCGUCUGCAGUGAAAUGUUGCAGCGUACACUCAGUCCCUGAGUCUGGAUUGAGGAAACCUGUGUUCACAUUCUAAUUUAGGUCUUCAAUCCGUCAAUCAAACAUUUUAUUUGCAUACCGCCUUUCCAAAGUUAAAACCAUGCUCAAGGCAGCUUACAACAUACAAAAGAUUACGUAACUACAGACGUAACAAAAAUAGCCAUGAACAAUAAAUGAAACAUCAAAAAGUACACAGCCAAAUUGAAUAAUUUCCACAUCAGAUCCAAAAUAAAGAUACAAAAAAAUAACGUCAUCAUCAACAACAACAACAAUCCCCCUACAACCCCACCUAAACAAGAUUCUGUUCCGCAGCCUCAGCUUUUGUAGCUGGAGUCAGUCAGGGCCCUGCCCUCCCAGGCCAGGUGGGAAAGGGCCUACAAAGCAGGGAGCAGGUCUUCCAGGACUCACAGCCAAGAUGGUCUCUGGCCUCUUCACCGUCUGGAGUGGCACUACUGCUGCUGUCCCAUAGCUUCUUCCAAACAACUCCUUGUAAGGCAUACAGCUUGACCUCUUAGAAGGCAUGGUAAAUAACCACCAGGUGCCAGCAUCCACACAACUGUAGGUAUCAUAUAAUCAGGGCCUUACCUUUGAAUAUACUGGAACUUCACUCAGUUUUACUGUAGCUUGUCUUUAAGUUGCUAGGAAUAGCCACUUAUUCUAUAGGCUAGUCAUUGCUCUGUGAAAGGCCUCUAGCAAGUCACCGUGUUCUGAGUGCCUGUGCAAAUUUGGUCUCACUUUGCUUCUUUUUUAUUUAUUUUAUUUUGACAAAGUAAUAAUAAGUAAAUAAGAAUAAAAAUGUGCACCCCACCCCUAAGACCAUUCUAUUGUAACUAUCCACCCUCCCAGAAUUUCAGCACCUCUUGUGAUAGUUUGACCCCUUUUUGUUUUAACAAUACAAAUUCUACAAAAACCCUACAUAUCACCUCAAAAUCGUUUCUCCUGCAUAUUCCCCAUCUUACCUUAAUAGCACAUGUUAAUUUAUCAUCAAUAGCUAUAUCCCACACUCUUUAAACCAUUCUUCUAUUUUAUAUUCUCCUUGCCCCUUCCACUUCCUAGCUAUAAUAGCGUGUGCUGCUUUCAGUAAAUUUGUGAGCAAUUCCUUCAUAGCCUGUGAACCUUCCACUCCAUUGCAAAUGGAUAAUCAUGCUACCUCUGGACCCAGUGAUUUCUAUUAUCUCCUUAAACACUCUUUGCCCAAAUAAUUGUACAUAUUUACACCACCAUAUGUGAACAUAAGUCCCGGUUUCCUGGCAUACCCUCCAACAUAACACUGAACAUUUCUCUUUUAUUUGAUUUAAUCUGACUGGUGCUAAAUACCAUCUCCAAACUAACUUAUAAUAAUUUUCUUUUAUCCUUGUAGACAACAUAUAUAUACAUGUAUACAGUUAAACCAACUUAUUUUACUUCCUGUUAGAGCUUCUCUUAUUUGUUCUUCUCAUUUUCUCCACCCAUUUUUUUUAUUUUAAGUAUUUGCUUCUCUCUUGCUUCUUUUUCAAUUUCCUUUUUUUAAUUUACUGGGAAGUCUUCUAUCAUCACUACCGGAGUUAGUGGGGAAUUUACUGGUAUCAAUUUUCCUUUAUAUUUUGCCCAUCUCUCAAUGAUGUUUCUUAAUAAGGGAUUUUCAGUAUUCUGCCACAAUUGCCUAUUUGGUUAGCUAAAAAAUAUAUACACGAACUUCUCCCUCAUUCCCUGUGUACCACUCUAACCAUUCUAACUCACCUUGUUCUGUUAUCACAUCUAUGAUAUAUCUUAACUGAUUUGCUAUAUAACUUUACCUGUUUUCUGAGGGUUAUACCAUCUUCUUUUAUUAAUUCUAGGUUUCUUAUCCCAUUACAAAAUUUAUUAAUCAUACUUUGUCAACCCUUUAUCUCUGUCUCCAAUAUCUUAAUUGGUAACAUUCUAAAUAAAAAAAAUUAUUCUAGACAAAAUUUUCAUUUUAAUUAUCACUAUUCUUCCAAACCAUGAAAGCUUUAAUUUUUUUGUAUUCUUCCAGCUUUCCCUUAAUUUCCCUCUUUAAUUUGUUAAGAUUCUCUUGUUCUAAAUUUUUUAAAUUUCUUGUUAUUCUCAAGUACUUUAUUACAUUUCUUAAUUUUAUAUCUAUUUUUAUUUCCUUCAAGAAUUUUCAUUUUUUCUCUUCAUCAUAGUUAAAUAUUAACAUCUCUUAUUUGAACCAAUUAAUUCAUGACCCUAUUAUUUCUGCAUUUUUUUUCAAAUGUUCCUCUAUUCCUGCAUAUUUUCCAACAGAUUUUCGAUUAUUAGCAAGGUGUCAUCUGCAAAUAAGUUUAUUUUUUCGUUUCCAUUAUUGCAUAUUCCUUUUAUAUUUCCAUCUUCUCUAAUUACAUUGGCCAGAGUUUCAAUGACCAAUACAAGUAAAAUUGGGGAAAGGGGGCAUCCUUGCCUUGUACCUUGGGCUAGUGUUAUUUGUUCUGUUAUACUAUCGUUCACUACAACAUAUGCCUUGUUCCUCAUUGAUUAAUCCCUUAAAUCAUUUUCCAAAUCCUAAGCUUUCUAUAAACAUUUUUAACUCCAGCCAUUCUACACAGUCAAAAGCCUUUAAAAUAUCCAAUGCUACUAUACCAGCUUUCAGUUUAUUUCUUCUUAUUAUAUCUAUUUUAUUCAACACUCUUCCUAUUAAACUAGACAUCUUGUCUUCCUGCCACAAAGCCACAUAGGUUUUUAUUUAUAAAAUUAUAAAUAAAAUUAUUCAUCCUUUUUGCCAUUAUUGUGGUCAAUAUUUUAGCAUCUUGAUUUAUUAGGGAAAUUGGCUUAUACGAUCCUGGGUCCUUCAAAUCUUUUCCUGGUUUUGGAAUUAAGAUAAUUAUUGAUUGUUCCCACGGAGGGAUCCUCUCACCCUCUAUUACUGAAUUAUAUAAUACUUUUAAUUUAGAAAUCAACAUAUAUUUUUUAAUACUUUAUAAUAUUCCGUUCCCAAUCCAUCUGCUCCUGGGGCUUUCACCCCCUUUUAGUUUCCCUAUAACUUCCUCUAUUUCUUUUUCUGAUCACGUUGCUUCUAAAGUCCUAUGGAAAUGUAGUAUAGAACAAUCCAAGAUGCAUGCUGCCCAGACCACUUCCAAAACCUUCCGGAAAGACAUGGACUUGCUGAGUAUCAUGGGGCAGAACUAGAGCUUGUCCCAGGGCUUUGCAGGGCUCUGCUACCAGAGGCAAGAGGAGUGCAUGCUUUAUCAGCUUGACCGCUCAGGGCCCUUACCUGACAGGUGAACUGCUAAUUAUUUUUAUAUAUUGCUAAUGAUCUGUUGCUAAUAACCUACUACAGGCACUUAGGUGAAGUGGCCUGUUCAUUUUGCCCUCCCUGCCAGCCAGUCGUGAGAGUGUAUAUGUUUGCUCUUGCUAGUUCGGUUUGCUCAGAGAGUGUCUGUCUGUUUCUCAAGGUGUUGAGCUCUUCCUGGUUUUCAGCAUUGAGAUCACUGUGCUUCCACAGCCACUUGGUUAUGUGUAGAUGUGUCUCCCCUUCUUUCUGAGGUGGUGGUGGUGGUUAUUAUUUAGAAGUAAAUGUUCUCUUGCAGCACCACAAUAGGGCAAAUUUCUGUCUAAUGGUUGCUUGGUUUCUUGACAUGGCUUUUGGUACCUGCUCGAAAUAGGCCUGCACCACCGGUCCUCCCAUAACAAAUUUGGAGGGAAUUAUACCUGUCAAAAGUGAGAUGCAGGAGACCCAAACACAUCCCCCAUACACACUGGUGUAGUUCGGACACCACAGCCUAAUCAUGACUUGGCUGUCAGGAACAUGCUACAGCUCCUCUGCUCAUUUCUCUCCCCAUGGUAUCAGAAAACUGGAGAGACUCCUCAAGCCCACAGCACAUCUCUGAUGAUCAAAAUGUGACUUGACUCUGACAUCUGAACUGGGCAGCUGUCUGAAUCUAACUUGGAAGUUAAGUUCCAUAGUCUUUAAACUGAGGCAUAGUUAAUGGUUUGCCUGUGAAUGUGCAGGGAUUGCUCCUACUUCCCUAGUGUGAGCUCGAGCAACAAACCCCAUGAUCUCUGGCCAAGGAUUGUGGCUUGUUUGGACAGGGCUCUAAGCCUGGGAUUGUGGUUUGUUGCACCAGCCCUGCACAAGAGGAAGAAUGAAGCAAGAGGCACCUCUGUGUUCCCAGUAAACCAUUGAUUAUGGUUUACCAUAAUCUGUGCCUUCACAGUGCCUUCACUUCAUAAGUGCCUUCACAGGAAGGAUCAUUGUAAGGAUGAUGAGAAAAAGACUGUGAAGAAUUAAAAUAGGAUAUAGCAUUCUGGUAUUUUUGUUACUUGAAAUGCGGGCUAUGUGCAUUGCACUUUUUCUGGUACAUUGCAUGCAAAGAUUCUCCUUCAAGGAAAGAGAGCAGAAUGUUGGCAGAGCAGCUAUAAAACACUUAAUCUUUCUCUCCUCCUGAUGCUCAGAAAGGAGGAGGUGUUGUUGUUGUUGUUGUUGUUGUUGUUGUUGUUGUUGUUAACAGUUAGGUUUUCAUCUCCCUCCUCAGGCCAGUGUUCAUGGCUUUCCCCAAUUUAUUAUCGCAAGAACCCUGUGAGGUAGGCUGGACAGUGACUGGCCCACGGUCACCUGAUGAGCAUCAUGGCUGAACAGGGAUUGGAACCCUGGUCUCCCAGUCCCAGUCCAACAUUUAACAUCUGUGCACUGGGGUUUCUCUUUAUGCUGGACCUUUUUCCAGGCAGUGUUAGAAAGCAGUUUGGAGAUCCAGCAAGGGGAGCUGAUGCAUGUAGUUACCUGCCUGGCACUUGCACCCCUAUAGGCUACAGCUACUGUACACUGAUGAAAGCACCCUAGUAUGUAUGUAGUUGGCAGCGGGAGAUCCACAUGUACAUUACCAUCUUGAUCACAGCCAACACAUGAAAUAGAUUGUUGAUGGUGUUUUCUCUUUUCUUUUUAAGCUGGGUAUCAUCCCUAAAUAUUCUCAAAGUAUCACUAAAAAAACCAAACCAACCCCAAAUGUGCAUUAUUUGCUUUAAUUUCCCCUCGGUGUGUAAGACCUUUUAAAUGUCAGGUGCCACUGAUUUUAAAUGUAUGUCAUUAAAAGCCUGAAAAGCACUGUACUUUUUUCUGUCACAAAGGACAUUUGCACAGAACUGCAGAAAUAUUGAAGUGUUGAACUUGAAUGGCUGCACCAAGAUUACAGAUGCGUAAGUGGCAUUUAUUUCAGCUCUCCGCGGUAUUUCUUUAGCUCUUUUUAAUCACUUUCCCCCAUUUUCUUGGUCGUAUGUUUCGUUGCUCAAAUGCUGUCAGAGUAUAUCUGUUCUUAUUGUGAAUGGGUAGCUAGAAAGGGCAAAUUGCCAAGGGACCCCUGUCCCACUGUAGGGGGUGACACCAUCUUAAACUUGGUGCACAGCAAGCCCUUCCUUACCGUUGCAUCACCUUCACCAAAUCUGCAGUGGUCCCCUGUGUGUAUAUCGGACAGGCAAGGGAUCAGAGGCUAAGCUUGGAGGGCACAUGAUUAGGCUGGGCCAGAUGUGCUGAGCAUCUAAUCUCUCUCAUUUAAUACACCCAAAUUUUUAUAUAUCUCAAUUUUUAAUAUAAACUGUAGAACAUUGUGUCGUCUUAGCAAUGAUAUAGUUAAAAAGAAAAAUCCAAAUUAAGAAGAAUAUUGAGAAUCUUAGUGUGCUUUUAAAGAAAUAGAUUUCAGUCAACUACAAUGAAAAUGAGGGACCCAUUCUGAUAUAGGCACAUGAUCACUAAAUGUCUUCUACUUAAAAAAUAAUAAUGACAGAGCAAUGAACCUAUGUGUGUCCUAUUCUCUUCCAGGACAUGUACUAGCCUUAGUAAAUUCUGCUCCAAACUCCGACAUCUUGAUCUAGCUUCCUGCACUUCAAUAACCAACCUGUCCCUCAAAGCACUGAGGUGAGUGUAGCUUUUUAUAAAGCUUAUUCACCCUGAUUUUAAAAUACCACAUUUCUUUGCGAUGGAAACCCCUGCUUCAUUUUACCAUGCUCUGGGCCAGCUCAUGGUGUCAGUGGUAUAGCAGCUGACCAGAAUUGGAACAGGGGUGGGCGGGUGCGGUAGAGGCACACCUUGUUCUUUCUUAGUUAGUCUGACUUGGGGCACUCCAGGAAGGCUGGGCAUAAGAUGACAAUCAGUACAAGCUUGGGCUGUUUUCUGGUCCCAUGGGGUCAGAGUCAGAGGGAAAGAAUGAGCUUCCCAAUUAGUCGUGGACCAGGCGAGAUCAAUAAUGCUAGUAGUGGAGAUGCCACAGAAGACUGACAUCCAAGAAAUGGAAUGGUCUUUCCUUGCUGUUGAUUCAGAUGUGAGACACGCUGUAGCAUUGCUGUCUGUUCCUUCUCAGCCCCUGCCCUGUUUAGGUCCUUUUGAUAUAGUAGCCCUUAUGCAUGGUAUACAAACAUGCCCAUUCCCUUUCUCCCUGCAGUAUUGCCACAUGGCUUUUGUCGCCACACACACCCAUUAUUCAUAGAAUUUUAGAGCUGGAAAGGACCUGAGGAUCAUCUAGUCCAGCCCCCUGCAGUGGAGAAAUAUGCAACUGUCCCAUACGGCGAUUGAACCAGCACCAUGCUGUAACCAAAUUCCUGCUAUAGUUUUCAGUUGGUGGUCAUCCUUGAAGCUGUGGCAGAGAGCAGAGUUCAGUGUGUUAUUACUGGAAAACAAGGCGGUGAAUUUCACUUGUUUCCAAAGCAAGAAUUUUUUAUCCUUAAGAGUUAACAUCUCUGUCUGCCUUUCCCCUCUGCCCCCUUCUCACCUCUCAAGCGAGGGAUGUCCUCUACUGGAGCAGCUCAAUAUAUCAUGGUGUGACCAAGUGACAAAAGAUGGCAUCCAGGCUUUGGUGAGAGGCUGCGGUGGACUCAAAGCUCUGUUUCUUAAAGGCUGCACGCAGGUAUGUCUCCAGUGAGGACACAGCAGCUUCAAGAAAGCUUGAGUUGAAGUGCAUUUGUUUUAACUUGGAGCAGAAUCAAGUUGAGUGUGGGUCAUACAUUGUGACAUUGGAAGCAAGAGGGAGAAAAGUAGGAGAGAAUACAUUUUAUUUAUUCCUUUGUAUAUUUUACCCUAUCCAAAAGAGUUAUAAUGGCAAUUUGCACUACACGAGUUUCUCUGAGGAUAGGGAAGAAGGGAGGAAAUCUGUGAGAUUACUUUUGAACAAAGGAAAAGUAGAGCAGAAGCACUGUGCUUCGUGCAGUUCUUGGCUGUCUGGCGAUAUCAUGUGGCUUUUAAGUAUAGGAACUUUUGGUUACUUCUCUUCUGGGAUAUUUGUCAUUUUUAAAGGUGUUGGACUAGAAGAGGACUGAGGCAUCCAAGCCAACCUUUUUUAAAAAAACCUGGGCAUCUCUACUGAAAAGCUGAGCAUUUCUCACGUCCACUGUAUUUGAAAUUCUGAAACACACUCUGCAAUCCUACCUUUUAUCCAAAUAUGCUCCAAGUUUUGUCUUGAAAUUAGAAAUUGCCUAAAAAGUAAAAAUAGCAAGUUGGAUAACUGAAUUGCAAAUCAGGUUGUGUGUUGAAUCCUAUUCUGGGCAGGAUGGCCCCUGAUCUCAGCUUUGGGCGGGACCUGGUUCAACUAGUUGAGGGCCAUUGUUCUUUGUGCUUUGCCCAUCUCAAAGAAUUUCAGUUCUUUGAGAUGGGCCACAUGACUUAGUUGUGGCACCUCAUACAGGGAAAGGAAAAAUCCCAACCUCGUUAGCAAUCCCAGGCAAAAUAAUAAAAUAGCUGUGACACAAGGCACUUGUAGGACAGGAGCUUUCCACUGUCAUGGUUUCAGUUUUCCUUGUACUGGAUUUUUGCAAACAUUUUUGUGGAUCUCUUAGAGCAGCUUGAAAUUGUAAUAUAGUAGCAUAAGACAUGUUUCUAGGCCCCCAAUCCAGGUUUAGUUGUGGGCAGCUAACCACAUGUUACACAACUUGUGGCCUCUGAUUGAGGAUGUUCACCUGCAUCAAAUAUGCAUCCGGGAGCUUCAGGGCACAUCCGGAGAUAACAUCCACAUCUGUAUCUGCAUCCACAUGGAUAAAGGAUGUUCAGUUUAUAGUUGCACCUAUAUGAGUCAAAGAAAGAAGUUCUAGUGGAGAGGUUUAGCAAAUGCAGCCAUAAUUUUAUAAUGCAUAUUUCUUUUUUUAAAAUAGCUUGAGCCUUUCCCCUUUUUUAUGGAGUGCUAAGGAAAAAAUAUUGAUGGAAGCAAGGCACUUGUUAUCAGUUGUUUUGCCAUCUGUUCUCCGUGAUUCAAGGACAUCCGUGGCAUCUUUAGUAGCAGAAAUAACUUGGGUGUUGCCUUUUUUUUCUUUUUGCCUUAACAAAAGAGCCUCUUUUUCUCUUUUAAACAAAGCAUGUUUAUGUGAAACCAACAAGUAGUUAUGUUUGACGUUUUACUAUGUUUUUAUAUGUACUGUAAGCGGCCCAGAGUUGCUGGGGAAAGCCAGCCAGAUGGGCAAGGUUUAAAUAAUAAAAUUCUUAUUAUUAUUUAAGGCACUUCAGUCCAUAAAAUUCAGAAACUCUGAUUCUAGAACCAUGUGGUUACACUAUGAGAUUUUCAAACACAUCCAUAAUGAAGCCAAGUAUUUUGAGAACCCAGCCAAAGAAAUUCUCGGGCGACAAUGCCACAAAGGUGUAGUUCUCAUGGGGGUAUAGAAUGGGGUAGGGGGAGGCCUUGCGGAAAUGGAAUAUUUCUCUUGUUCUUCCCUCCUUCAUGGCAGCCUUGAUGCUGGGAGUUUUUGCAGUAGCCAGCUUUGAAAGCCUAUUAGAUGCUGUGGGUCCCAUGGUGACAUGAGAUACCAGAGACCCAUAUGGGCUCUUAGCUGUCAUUGAGAAUGAGAAACUAGCCCUUUCUUUUUAAAAUAAAAACUUUUGGGAAUCCAGAUUUUCUGUAAUUUUACUCCUGAAAAAGAAAACCCAAAAUAUGACUUCACGCUGACUCUUUAACAAAUUCCUUACCUCCCUCCCUCCAUCCUAUUGCAUUUUUGUUCUAGCUGGAGGAUGAAGCUCUCAAAUACAUUGGGGCGCACUGUCCUGAACUGGUGACUUUGAAUUUGCAGACCUGCUUGGUAAGUAAUUGGUUCACACAAAUCCAAAUUUGCUCCUGUUUUCCUUAACAUGCAGAGGCCAUGAACUAUGCAGCGUGACACUCACACCCCAAGAAAUGCUUCUCCCUGUUGGCUUGGAGUAGUUGCAGUCCUGGUAGCUUGAUGGUCAUCUUAUUUCAUAGGGUCAAAAUCCCAACUGUGGUGGAUGGGAAUGUUUCUGAAAAUCUGGCUAUAAAAAUUGUCAGUAGCUGAGGGGAUGGGCAAGUGUUUGUAGUUGCUUGCGUCUCUGUGCCUAUAGCCAUUCUUGACCCUUUGCUUCCAAACAUGUUGAGACAUUCAAUGCCCCUAGUAUGCUAGGCAUACAGACGUUGUUAGAAUUACCAUGGUGCCCCAAAGCCACUGAAGGCUUCCUAAAACCGUGAUAUUCCCCUGUUUAGUUCCUGUGGGGGGAAUAAAGGAUAUUGGAAGAGAGCUCUUUCCAUUUAAGAGUCUCAUGCUCGACCAGCACGCUGGAAGUUAUAGUCCAAUAACAUAUUGAGGGCACCUUGUUGACUCUGCUCUGGCCUUACAAAAUCCAAUGGGCUCCACCCUCAGAUCACUAGGAGCUUGCCAACUCCACUCACUGACUGGAUAUUUUUAAAAUCUCAAGUUGGCAACCAUAUCACCACCCUAGACCAUACAAUGGAUACUUUCUGGAUAUAGUAAAGAACUCUCCUAGUGUUAGCAUUUAAUGUGACAAAUCUAUCUGGUCCGAGUUCACCCUUGCCCGGGAGGCAUUUCAAAUUUUGUUUGCAGGACAAGCUGGAAAAGAUUCUUUUGGUCAGGUUGGAAUGCUUUCUUGUCUCCGUAUUUAACUUUUUGUGUGUGUGUAUUUUUAAAAAGUUGGAAGAGGAAGUACAUUUUUGUCCUGCGAGAAAAUAUCCUGUACCAUUUUGUGGUGGUGCCAAAAAUGGAAUGUUGAGCCCAAAAAAGGAACAGAUUUUGAUAGCCUGUGUGCAGUUGGCAUCCUGCUUUUUCAUGUGAUAGUUGCUAAAACGAGUUUACCAAAUAAUGCUUAACAUGUAAUUUUAGGACUCAGAAGGGUUCUCCCACCCUGGAGCCCAGUUCAAAUGUCAUAUCAAACCAAAGUUUAAAACAAACUGUGGUUUAAUGGGAACAAGCAGCAUUCUGGUUCCUAUUGCGCUCCUCCCCCACAACCUUUGCUGCCCUUUGUGGACAAAACGUGCCAGAGUCUGGCUUAUCCUGUCUUCUGAACCCUGGUUCAUGGUUGAUUUCCACCCAGCAAAGUAAUAAGCAGUACCAAAAUUUGUUCUUGACUGACUGCUUGUGGUUUGUUUGGUGGAAGCCAACCUUUAGCCUGGGUUUGGACAACAUGACAAACAUGCAGAUUGUUUUGUCCACAGCAUGCUGUGGGAAUUUAUGAGCAGUGGGCACCAGCAUGCUGCUCAUUCACAUUAAACAAUGGUUUGCUCUGACCUGUGGAUUCACUUUGAUUCCCUUCUCUCCUUCUGUAGCAAAUAACAGACGAUGGCCUCAUUACAAUAUGUAGAGGGUGCCACAAGUUACAGUCUCUGUGCGCCUCUGGCUGUUCCAACAUCACCGACGCCAUCUUGAACGCUUUAGGGCAAAACUGUCCAAGGCUUAGGUAAGUAGGCUUUGGGUUAGAGGGCUGCAUGAGAGGAUACAAGGUUAGCAUGUGAACAUGGGAUGUAUGCUGGGUAAAAAUGGGUAACAUGAGAGGAAUCAAAGGCUCACAGAAAAGGGUUGGCAUAUUAUGUGGAAGGGGAUGGGUCAUAGAAAAAGAAAUUCAUUUGUUUAUACUUACAAUCUGCCUCAUAGUUUCAAGGUUGUGAAAAAUGUCAUUGUCCAGAAUGAAACCUGCCACUAGUAAAACAGGGGCAAGCAAACUUUUUUUCUGUUAAGGGCCAAAAUCCCUCAUGGGGCCACAUGCUCACUAUGGACCAAGCUGAAAUAGUGUGUGAAGUCAGAGCAAAAAGUAGAGGAGGAAACCCCCACUUUCUUUCUUCCUCCCUGCCCAGCAGGCUGCUAGGGAAAGGACAGAUCACUCUCCCCAGAGGUCUGAACUGAUUGCUUACAGAAAGCUUUUGAAAUUAGACUAAUGGUCGUAGGUUGCCUAAAAUACUGUUAAUAACCCUAGCUUCCCUUCCCAGAGCUAGGUCAAGAGGACAAUAGGGAUGGGCUUCGAGCAAUUUAACUCCCACAAAGUUGUGCAACAUUGAUCAUCAGAAAGUGAGAUUGCAAAGGUUUGAUGGGUUCAGGGUUUGGAGUAAAUACGGAUGAGCUGAAGGAGUUUUGUCAAAUAUGACAGGCGGGCAAGCAGAAAUAGAGAAGAGGGAAAAAUUGUCUAUUUAAGGUAUUCAGGAGCGAUUAUGGGAAGUGUAAGAAUCACAAAAAUGGGGGGGGGGGAAUGUGUAGCUUGGGGGAUUUAAGCUGUAUUUAUCCCUUCGACGUGUGUUGUUAGGAUUGCUGAUAUAUAGCAUGAGCCCAUCAAGUGAAAGGUCCUCAACUACUUUGAAACUGGUGGUCUUGGGGUUUCUUCUCCACAGGCACUAAGUUUGUGAGAUUUCAGAAAUGGAUUUCUGAAAAGCACAAAGGCUUAAUUUGCUCUAUUUUAUUUUCUGCGCAGAAUAUUGGAAGUGGCUCGGUGUUCUCAGCUCACUGACGUGGGGUUUACCACGCUGGCUCGGGUAAGCAUCUGAUCCUUUUUGUUUGCUUGUUCAUAGACUUAAAGCAGUGAGUGGUGUCUUCCUUGUAGAAGACAGAUGCUAAACACCUCAUGCCCUAUGCCAUACCUGGCUCAAUACCAUAAGCAAGCUGGGAAAAGAGAAGAGUGGUUUGAGCAGUGAACUAAGAGGAGGUGAUGUUUUCUGCACACCCUAUAUAAGGCUUUAUAAGUGAAUGGGGAUGGGCAUGUGAAAAGAAAUAUGUAACUGCCACUGUCAUAGCCAGUUUGUCCCUGAGAGAACCUAAGGGCGAGGAUAGAAGCCAAGUUCUGGAUUGAACAGCCGUGGAAAUGGAGGUUCAACAAGCACCAGAACCUGGCAGGACUGAUGUCUGAAAGCACGCACCUCUUUAGACUUUUGCAAUAUGGUAGCAUCUUAAAAGCUUGGCUGGGGCUGAAUGGAAGACAAAGCAACACCGUAUUUUCUGUUGUUUAAGGAGUCAUGCUUCCAUGCCCUUCUCCCAACUCAUGGCAGCCAUUCCCUACUUCCAUCCCUUGCAAAACCAUCUUGUCCUCUGAUCUCCAUUAUCUCUUCCGUCAUUGAGUUUAUGGGUGGGGAAUCGCAUCAGCUUCAGCCAGCAGGACCAUAGGUCAGGAAUGGUGUGAGUUGUGGUCCAACAACAUCUGUAGGGCUGAAGCAUCCCCAUCCCUGUUCUAGACCUUAAAUGCAGAGAUUAUUGUGACACUCCCCAGAGUAAUCCCAUUGGUGGAAAUGGGAUUGGUCUGGAGUUAAACUACGUUGAGAAAUCUGGUUGAUGGGAGCAGAGUAAGCCAUUUAAAUAAGAUAAUUUCCAUAGCUGCAUAAUCUGUUCUGAACUACAGAGUUGGGAUUGCUUUGGAGCCAAAUCAGGGAGACAGUGCACUUUCUCUACCAAGCAGAACUUGCUCUAGAGUAGCCAGCACUAAGGAGAGCACCAUAAUGUAGUUGGAUCCUCUUCCGAUCAUGGCUCGGAUCGUGGAAGGAAUGUUUCUUUUUAAGACACCUGUUGGCCUCAUUUCUCCAGCAGCUUCCAUUGGAGUAAUCCCAUUGAAGUAAUUGGGACUAGUCUAUAGCCAUCUUACCUUGCGUUCAGAAGGAAGAAUCAAUACCUGCUUUUCUGAAAAAACGAAUGCUUAAUUUUGUGUGUGUUUUGCUUUGUUUUUGAUUCUCCCCAGAAUUGUCAUGAGCUUGAAAAAAUGGACCUGGAAGAGUGUGUUCAGGUAUAUGAAAUAUCUUCAUCCCAUUUCUUAGGGGUGGUUGUGGGUGUGCAUGCAUGUGCAGAAUGUCAUGGACAUAGACCAUGACUCAGAGAAUGCCGUAAUUUGUUAAGAUAAGCCUUUGCUUGAGAUUGUUUAUCCACAUUCCAACAAGCAGGAAGUGUUUUGUGAGUUGUGCUUUUCCUCUUUCUGUGCUCUUCCUAUAAUGCUCAGAAAAGAAGUUUGUUGAUCCAUCCCUGCAUGGAAGCAUUUUCACAAGAAUUCUUUGGUGAGGGUCUUGGUCACUCAUCUCCCCCUCCCCCCCAAAAAAAGGAAAAGAUAUUCUUGAACUUCCUGUCACCAUAAUAUUGAGACAUCGUAGUAUAUAGUCUCACUAAUCCUAUCCACUUAGAGUGGUAUUGAAUUCUAAUCUCACUCAUAGUAGACGUAUUGAAAUUAAGUAUCAUAGGGCAUCAUUGUACUCUAAGUUUCCCUGCUCUAUUUUAUUGCCUGUUGCAUGCAAGAAGAGGGGGACCUGGAGUGCAAUGACCUCACUUACUGCAUAUCGUCACAGGAGAGAGGAAGAGGUAGUGCAGAGGUGCUGCUUUUGGCAGUAGCCAUAUGGCUCCCAUAACAUCCAGCCUAGCGAUUCUCAAACUUCUGUUUCCUCAGACUACUUGAAAAUUGCUGAAGGUCUCAGUGGAUCACUUGAUGAACUUGUUUGGUUCUGUGAACCAAAGCACGUGCACAACUCAUGUUUGAAUAACUGUAGGCUUUCAUUUCUAAUGUGAUAGAUGUGCUUCUGAAUUAAAUAUGAAGCAAAGUAGAAAAAAAAAAUUUCUUCAGUGCCAUCAUCCCAAUGUGAACUGGCACAGUAUCAUGAAAAUCAGAGACCUACAGGGGCCCCAGGUUCUUGUUUGCCAAUUUGAAAAUCCAUCCCUGGUCAAAACAGCUUUGCUCUCCAUCAGAAGAAAAAAAAUCAGUGAAGUGCAGGGCCAGACACAGAUACAAUUUUUCUGCAGGCCUCCUGAAUGGAGCUUGCAGGCCGUAGUUUGAGAACUUCUGUAUGUACUUGAUGAGAGAGGGAAUGUCUAUAUUAGAGAUUCUAAAACUCCGGGAGCCUUCUGAAAACAGUUAACUCUGCCAGCAGCCAUUUGCCUUUAUCUGGAAGGCCUACCUCAAGCUUUGACAUUAUUCUGGUGUUGGUCCUGACCAAGGACUACUACAAGAUAGGCUAGGCGAUGCCUUCUGAAACGUGUGUAUCUUUUGAUCUCUUCCAGAUAACAGACAGCACAUUAAUCCAGCUCUCCAUACAUUGUCCACGGCUUCAGGUUUUGGUGAGUCUUCAAGAGUCCGUCCCCCCCCCCCCAAUCAUGGAUUUUAACCACGUUGUUAACUGCAUUCCUAAAUUAUUUGCCAAGUCGGAAAAGAAAAUUAGGUAGUCCCCUAAGAUGUGGAAUUCAGUGUAUUGAAAUGCAUGAACCCCUAAAUAAUGUGCUCGUAUGCAAAGCUCUGUGAGAUAGGUCAUCUGUUGUUUAAGCUUUACAGGAAAAAUAACUGAGAAUGACUUACCCAAAACAAUGUGGUAGAGCCAGAGUUUCAAAUUUAGUGCUUUUCUCUCAGCUGCAGAAUUUUGGGUCAUUAAAAAAGCUCAAAGUUGUGAGUGUGAUUAAGAAGGCAACAGGUUGUUUAAGAAGCAACUCCUGAAUGUGCUACCUUCUAGUCUGUCAUUGACAUAAUGGAUCUGUGAACAGGACAGCAGCUUUGUCAACAAGACGGCCCAGCUUUUAGAGCUGGUCUAGCAUGGUAGCUAAGAUAUACGAGCCAGAAAGUUUCUUGAUCUCAAAUACUGCCUCGGCUAACCCCUUGAAACAUGGUUCAAAAAUAUCUGGGAUGUGGCUAUUUCAGAGAGACUAACAGGGCUUAAGAGGGUCACAAAAAGUGUUGUAAAGAGAGACACCUUUAAUGAAACCCGGCCCCCCUUCUUUUCAUAUGCAAGGGAAAUAGAUAGCAAACUUUCCCCACUAAUUUUGCAGCCAUGUAUGCAGAGAGCCUACAUUAAUGUUUUAAGAUUAUGUAAAAUGAUGCUAUGAAUUCAAUGCUAUGUUUAUUAUUCUUUUUCUUGUGGACACUGUAUUAAAUUUUAGUUAAUCAAUAAUAAUAAAAAACACUCCCUCAGCUAUGGAUUUGCUAGGUGACCCUGAGCUAAACCACCAUCUCUUGGCUUCUGCCCCUCUCUAUCUGCAAUAUAGAUGCAUAAUAAUAGGAUUGUUGAAGGUUUCGUGAGAUAAUUUGAGGUGCCUUGACCACUAAUUAAACACUUUUCAUUAUUACAAUACAGAUAACACAGAUUAGAUAUGUGUGUGUGUGUGUGUGUGUGUGUGUGUGUGUGAAGGGAAAAGUGAAUGCUAAAUGAAGGCAUAGCAAGUAUGUCAGAGGUUUAGAAGAGAACUAACUAUACACACACAGCACAAAGCAAGUGAGCUUGGAGUGACUUGGAGAAUCAGUAGGCCGGGGAGGGGGAACCUUGGGCUGGGGGCCACAUGUGGCCUUCCAGACCUAUCUGUCUGGCCCUUGGGACUCUCCCUAGGCUACAUACCUCACUGGCGUUGCUUUUGAACCCCAAGUGUUUUUGAUUGACUAAAAUGUGUCCCUGAAGUCUUAAUAAUGCUGCCUCUUGCUUGUCUAGAUGGAGGAUAAAGAGGAGUGUGUGAGUUUGUGUAGAAACUAGCCUACUGUACAAAGGUAACAUUUACAUCCACUGCUCCUCCCACUUUUGCCUCUAGCCCCACCCUCCACUGCCAUGUGGCCCUCAGAAGGUUCCUCAGGAGAGAGUGGGGAAAGUUCCCCACCUCUGCAGUAGGCAAUGGAGAGGGCUGAGGAAGCAGGGAUUCGGAGAGAAGGGGAAGCUCUUCCCAGCAGCAUGGCACAUCAUAGGUCGCUGGGGUUGGGGGCUCGUCUGAUGAGGAGAGCAUCCAUGAAUCCAACAAAUCUGUAAGCCGAGGUUUGGAAUACAGCAGUACCUCGGGUUACAUACGCUUCAGGUUACACACUCCGCUAACCCAGAAAUAGUGCUUCAGGUUAAGAACUUUGCUUCAGGAUAAGAACAGAAAUCGGGCUCCGGUGGCGCGGCAGCAGCAGGAGGCCCCAUUAGCUAAAGUGGUGCUUCAGGUUAAGAACAGUUUCAGGUUAAGAACGGACCUCCGGAACGAAUUAAGUACUUAACCCGAGGUACCACUGCACUGUGGUCCAACAGUCACAGAUGUUGCUGGAGAAUUUCUUCAGCUGAAGAUAACUUAGGCAUAUAUCAAGUUCUCGCUGCCAGGCUGGGGUAGCUCCACCAUCUUGAAAUGACCUCAUAAUAACACCUUUGCAAAUGCUGCCUGCUUCUUUCUCCUUUGCUUUCGCUUUGUUCCCUUUGUGGCGGCAGAGCUUAUCGCACUGUGAGCUGAUCACUGACGAUGGGAUUCGCCACCUGGGCAACGGUGCCUGCGCCCACGACCGCCUGGAGGUGAUUGAGCUGGACAACUGCCCUUUGAUUACAGACGCCUCCUUGGAGCACCUCAAGAGCUGCCACAGCCUGGAGAGGAUAGAGUUGUACGACUGUCAACAGAUUUCACGGGCUGGAAUCAAGAGACUCAGGGUAAAAAAACGGCAUUUAUUAAGUAGGCACAAGUGCACGCUUUGCUAGUUCCUGGGCCCGUUUGACUCCUUUCAGAAGAUGAUGCCGGGGGAAGCCCAGUGGGGUUUUAUGUUAAAUCUACACCACCUCCCUACCCCCUGCUAAGACUAAGGACAUGCUGCCUAGUACAUCAAAGUCUUAAGUUUAUUUUGAGGGGAGUGAGAAAGAACUUCACACAUAGCCCUCUGUGGUGUCAAUGUGGGAAUUACCUGCAGGGUUCGGGCAUUGACAACUGGGAACUUUCAACCAGGAAAUUCCCCACGUUAGAGAAGGCAGAGUCUGUCUCUCAUUCACAAUACGUAGCCUCUUUUCCGAGCCACUUUGCUCAGUUCCUGGGCACCCUCAACUAUUAUGAGAGAACUUUAGUAUUCACUCUUUCCAGUGGCCAGACUGAGCAGGUCAAGAGUUGCAGCUUCUGUGGCCCUUUAUAACUCCUUGCCUAAACCCACAAAUAUAUUCAGACUUUCCUAAUAUUUAAGCUAAGAAAUUUGGUUUUUCCUAGAUGUAGAAAUGAUAUAUUUCUUUCUGGUGUAGUGGGGGGGGGGGGCACACAAUAUACUCAGCCCCUUGUUGGACUGGAAUAGGAAGAGGCAGAUCAACGAAGAGCCUACUUAAAACGGGAUGCAGAGUUCAGGGAGUUUUUCAGUUCUUGGCAGCCACCUGUGUAUUCCUAAGCGAGGCCUACAAAUCUACAAUAUGUUAGAAGCCUAUAUAGAAUUAAGGGGUUCCCUUCACUGGCCAGCAGAACAGUGGCAGGCUAGGAAGAAAACUGGCAAAUGUUGAUAUGCCAGUUACAGGGUGGGGAAAAGGGUGGGAAGAAUGAGGGGAAAACCAACACCUUCCCUGAAAUGUCUCCCUGUUCCUUGCGGAGAUCUGCUUUGCAACUCAUGAGCCCAGCGUCCUCCUGUGUGCAACCCAUGCUCUCCCCCAUCUUUCUGAUUUUUUUUCUGAAUGGGGAAAUAUAUGUGUUUGUCUUUUCAGACCCACUUACCCAAUAUUAAAGUCCACGCCUACUUCGCACCCGUGACCCCACCACCAUCUGUGGGGGGCAGCAGACAGCGCUUCUGCAGAUGCUGCAUCAUCCUAUGACGCGGGAGCCAAUCUACCUUGUGCAAAACAAAAACUGAGUAUUUAAAUUACCCUUCUAGAAGUAACAGUGGACACCAGUAUCUCCACACGACAAAAGUGAUGCCGGUGGUCUCUCGCGAGGGCCUUUCGAAAAGAAAGCAAAGCAGGGGGAGCUGGUCGCAGAAGUUUCUUCCCGAUUUUGCCCCAUAAGCCACACACAAAAACACACACACUGCAGUAUAUACACCCACUCUCACCUGCUUCUUCCAGCAAACUGAAGGACCUUAGAGUUUAGGAGCUGGAUCAGUGGGCUCCUUCUCUCUCUCUCUCCCCCUUUUUUUCUCUUGUAGGUGGAUUGGUAUUAUUAUGAACCAUUCCUACUGGGCAUGCUCAGAAGAAAUCAUGGGGAGGUGGGUGGGAGAGAAAGUGGGGAGGUAGGGGAUCAUCACGCACAUCUGAAGAACUGCUGUUGCUGGGGGGCGGGAGGGGAGAGGGUCGUUCUUUUGACAUUGGAAACAGCAAACUGGACAAACCCUUCGAUGCAAAUGUGGAAGCAGCGGUGAUAACCAAGGAAGGGAACAAAAUAAGACGUUGAAUCUUCACCACCACUGUCCAGAGAGGAGAAAAACGUUAAAACCUUUAAAAGCCCAUGGUUAUAUUUUUUACUUUUUAAAAAUCAUCAUCCUUGUGUUAGGGAAUGUUGAAACAGCAGCCAUUGUGAGACAUUGAUUCCUGCGCUUCUGUGCUUCCUCGUUUUCUGUGCCGGUACAUCCACGGAGCAUGCUCAUGUUGAAGGUUCAGCGGUUUCUCUUCCAUGUUUCCAUAGCAUUUGGCUCAGAGGCUUCCUAGAUUGUUGUGACGAUAAAGCUAGAAAUCUGUAACGUCAGGUCUGAUUUAUUUUCUUUUGUUUUGUUUUUCUCUCUCUUCCUUCUUCAGUAUCUCCAGGUUUUCGGGGGGGGGGGGUUAUUUAUUUAAGAAAACCAUUCUGAGAUUGUAUGAAAUGACUGAACAUAAAAUAUAUGUUAAGCUAUUUUCCUUUUUAAAAGGUGUAUUUUACCACCAGGAGGCUAGGGCGAGCUUUGAAAUCACAGCUGUGAAAUGGGAUGAAGUUCUGAAAGCAAAAUUGCUUCUAUAGAGAGUCUUCUCUAGGUUCUUUUAACCCAUAACACAGUCCAAGUGGGGCUCAUAGCAUCCUGUGUGUUCAAAGGUAACCCCGUCGAAGAACGAUGUGUAGCACAAAUGGGAAAUGGCACACAGCUGUUCUGUUCUAUUUAUUUGCCAUAGUAAUGCAAUGGUAUCAUUAGAGCCACCUUUGAAAAUCUUUCUUUAUUUGAUGUGGGGUUCUUGGCACCAUCGCUAGACCUGUGUGUUUUCCCCUACAAAUCAGUUACCACCCUGAUAGGGAAGUUGGCCAGAUUCUUCCACUUCAGCAUUAAAUAACUGUACAUUUUGUUUCUUCAGAAGCACCGGAGCCAUUUUUUUAUGCCUUGCGGGGCCAGGUUGGGUAGCUAUUUUUAUUUCUGGAUGGGUUUUUAAAGGUCUUGUGGGCAGAGGCACAGCACCAGAUCAGUUUCCUCCAGUUUGAAUGAUUCCAGCGUUUUGGUCGCCUGUUGCCCUUCCCAUCACAAGUUGCCCUUCCCGCCUUAACAGUUCCCAAACACAGUUUUUCUUAAUAGCACCUGCCGAUUUGGCUGUUGUACAGAAAGCACAGGGGAACCCUUCAUAAUGAGAAUUCUGUCCCAAGAAAUCUGGCUUCCUUGCUGAUGUACAAUCCUUUGCUCUGCUUGUGAGCACAUCCACAUUUGCUAAUGAGUGGUUUGUUUUGUUUUUUUAAUUAGCCUGUUGCCAGUCCACUUCUGAUCUGCUGCUUUGUUUUCAACUGUGCUGGCUUCUGACUGCACUUUGGUUGGAUUCAAAAGCUCGAUUGUCUAAGCCCGUAGAGUAGAAGAUGGUUUCUUUUUUUUAAAAAAGACCACCACGGUAACAGCAGUGCUCAUGAGGAUUCUUAAGGCAGAUUGUGAGGCUUUGUAGGAAACGCAUGCUCUGUUUCACUCUUGGCCUAAAUGUUUUUAAGUGUCAGGGUCCCCAUCCAAAGCAGGAACCCAGCACAAAUUGCACAAAUAGUAUGAGCUGGUCUCAAAGAUAUAAUGGGACAGGUGUCUGGCCCAGACAGCAUCCUAGGUGCUGGAUGAUGAGAUUAGGUAUUCACUAAUUUUCUGUUGUCCCGCCAAGAUCUCAGACCUCAGACAAUUGUAGCUAUAAUUGGGGAAGGGCCUGGAGAACAGCUCUGUUUUAUGGAAAUUGUCCUGUGAAAUGUUCUCUGCAUUUUCCCAAAGCAGUAAUCACGGUUUCUUUUGAUUCCAGAGGAUUUGUGUUUUCUCAGUACUCCCAGAGAAACAUAUUUACACAGCAGUCCUUGAUUUCUCUCUCAAACACACCUGUGUUAAAUUCCCCAAACCCACCAAUGUGGCUUUUCACAAGGCCUUCACGCAGUUCAGACUGCUACCAAAGAUCUGAAAAGGUGAAAGCUGUUUUUAAAAUAAUGCAUUUUCCUCUUCCUUCCUUCCCCCAAAAUCUUUUUUAAAACUUUUGAUCUUCUUUCUUCCACCCAGAUAUCUACUGAUGAUUCUUGUGAGUUUUGUGUCUUUAAAAAAACACACAACAUUUUACGAACUCCAGCAUAGAAAUAUGGUCGAUAGUCUUCCCCUCCCAUCUAUGAUUCGUGCAUCUCGUUUCUAAAACUUGGCAGCAUAAUUCCAUCUUUCGAAUUCCAAACAUCAUUGUGGCAAUUGCUGACAUUGUGGAAACAACACACUGUUGCGAUGUUACUGAACCUCCUGAACAAGCCAGGAGUGUGUGUUUGUGCGUAUGCGUGUGCUGCCAGCUUGUCAGUGUUCAGCACUGCUCUUGAAAGUAGAACCUUCCUCUAGGAAUGGAAGGAGGGGAGUAAAAGCUUGAGUGCAGACCAUCCAACUUUAUUCCAGUGCAAACUGCUUGAAACGAAUGGGAAUUGUAGAGCAGCAGUGCUUGCUGCAUUGCAUGCAGUGUAUUUGCAUUUGUUCGAUCGUAAGUAGUGGUUCUCCCUAAGGGCUGCCUUUAAUCUCAUGCACGUCAUGUUGUGGAAACCGCUUACUCACAGUCGCGCACCACUGAGGGGUGUCCGUGUGGGGGGGAAUAUUUCAUUCAUAUGGACAAGGCUAGUUGCAGGAUUGUUUUCACCAAAUCCAACUCCAGAUCGAAGCAUUCAGCCUCCCCAACUAGGUAGAAUAGCACCCCAGGGCAACUGUCUGCAUGCCACUCUAAAUGUGUGAAAUGGACCUUAAUUUGCCAGCAGUUCGUUUCCCAACAUAGAGAAGUUGAGACCAAAGUGACGGUGCCGUGUUAUUUUCAGGGGAAGGGCAGAACAGAAAGAUAACUUGAUUCAUAUCACUUGAUUGAGAAUUUUUAAAGCCAAUAAUCAAAUCCUUCUCUUCCCCUCCACCCUUGUCAGUGUAUUUAUUAAUAACAUCAAUAAACCACAUUUUUCUAAGCUUGUCUUGUUAGAAGAAUGGCUUUUGCAUAGGAUGAGAGCUCCCUGUGUUCUUGUCUUCUGGUAUUCAAUCCUAGGUACUUCCUUCCUGUCACUUUAUAUUUUAUUACGCAUUGAGACAGCUGUGUCUCUUGGGGAAGGGUAAAUAAACAUCGCCACCUUCGAAGAAGGCAGAGUUCCCCUUCACUGCAACCAGCAGUGCAUGCUGGUCCAUAGAGCUGCAACGAGAGAGACCUGGGUUCCCAUUUUGAAUUGUGUGCACCCAGCGAGGUGUCAGCCACAUGCCAGAUUAGCUGCAUAAAUGCUCAGAAGGGGUUCCCUUUGUUUGUUAGAUUGACCCUGAAGGCUUACAAUGUAAAGCAGUUCCCCAUGACAUGUGCAGAAUCCCCACUUUACUUGCACGAAACCUGCAAGUAAACAAUAGCAGAUGUAAUUUUUCAAGCCUUCUGAGCUUAGCGAGUACAAAAAGCACAAUAACUUCUUAUUGAGCCAAGGCCCCCCAGAAGCAACCAUACCCAUCUGUUAGCAAGGAUGGCUUGAUGCAAGAAUUAGCUGUGAUUGUCAAGAAUGCCUUUUCAGAGGCAAAUAUAACAGAUGUUGGGAAUAAACAGAAGGGCUAUCGCCUCAGUGGGAGCAUCUGGCUGCUGCUUUUUGGGACAGAUUAAUCAGAUCAUAUUUUUAUUAUACAUAAUUUUGGAAGUAGUAAUGUGUAUUAACUCCCUGUGUAUUAACUGACUGUUUGAUACAUACAGUGAGUUCUGGAAGUGCACUGUGUCAUGAAAAUGCCCCAUUUUGUAAGGGACUCUAUUUUUGUGAUGAAAUAAUUGUCUGUCCUCCACUGCCUGGUUGCUGGUGAUCAGUUUGGGUGGGGAGAGACAAGGGGCGGAGAGCUGCAUUUGAUAGUCAAAUUUCUAGGAUCAAUGGGAAGGCUGAGUGUUGAAGAAACACAGCGAGAAUUUAAUAGCCUUGUGGCCAAAGUCUGUUCUAACCAGAUGUGCCAAAUCCAUAAUUACAUGGAAAAUGCCAUUUCCUGUGCUCCCACAAAUUCCAGCUACAGCAGCUCGCCCUGAUUACCGAGUAUAUGAAGAGUGCUGUUGUCGGAAGGCCAUUGCGAUCACUCUUAAUUUUUACUCUUUACCUUCCUCGCCUUUUGGAAAUCAUGAAAACUCCAGAUGUCAAAACUUAACAGCCUCGCCAUUGGCUUCUCCUGUACCUGAACCGUAUUAAGUUGUACACGGUGAAAGCUACGUUUGUUGUAAGCCUUCUGCUAUAUCCUGUUGCAUAUUAUGACAAGCUUGAGACCAGCGUGAAGGCAACGGGAAUGAAGUUAACAUCUGCAACCAGGUUCUCUGAAGAACCUCAAGCUUUGGAGGAACGCUGGAUCAACAGAAUUCGUUAGAUUUCAAGGUACAAUAAUGCAGCCACUGGUCACAAUUCUGAAACCAUUCCCACAGUGGCUAUUACUAUGAACUCCAGGGGGGUAUUUGUUUCCCCUCUUUUAAUCUGAAUAUGGUAAGCAUGGCUGGCCCAUGGUAUUAUGUGAUUCGACAGGUGUUGGGGAGGGAAUUGUAUGACAUGGUUGCUUACACAGUAAUGUUCUGUUUUAAGAGAGAAGGAGCGUAGUAAGAGCCCUGGGCUACCCUUAAUUUGUGAUCUAAUCUUUUGGUUAAGUUUGGGAUGAUUAGCGUUCAGAAAUAAUUGUGUUAGACAUAUUAAGGAUGCGGCUGGUAUUCCACAGGCUGGAUGUUUGAUAGUUAAAUACUAAAUUUCAUUCGCACUGAGAACCCUACAGUAGAAUUGAUUGUACCACCCACUAUCAGGAAACCUCUGGCACAGUAACUAUAAUGUGAACACUUUUUAUUAAACAAACCCCAUCAUUCUUGGUGUGUUUAAAGGAAUGUUGUGCUUUUCAAAUUAUUUUUAGGAUUGCCCUCACAUGUGACUCCUCCUAAUUUCUUACUCAAAAAUUUAAAAGAAACACAAUUUCUGAUUGCUGCAGUGCAGUUCUUCUCACAUUCCAUGUGAUGUUGAGCAGUUUUAAAAGCCAGCAUAUCUUCAAACGUUGUUUUUAUUAACAAGGCCCUCCAUUUCUUCAUAAAAAAUUAUAUUGGAUGCCCAGGUUGGAACCGAACCUUGCCAUUCAGACCCCAUAACUAUCAUACAGAGAUAUCUGUAAAAUACUACUUUUAUGAUCCUGUAAACUGUGUUUUCACCUUUCCUGGACACUUGAUUGUGAAUAUAAUAAUGUCAAUUAACAAAAAGUAAAGCAAAUAUAAAUAUAUAUGUAGCUCAAUCUUUUCUUUUUCUGUCCAUGUUACAAUAUUGUGAUUUCGGCUAAGUUUGUAAUGUGGGGAAAUGGUCACGAAAAGAAAAGAAAAAGUUUCCAAAUUGCGGCUGUGAAGGGUCCUGUGGUGAGAACUUUGUUUCUAUGAUUUGUCUUUGUUCCUGCGGCAGAAUUUUUUGUGAACUUUAAGUAGGCCCAGAAUAAUAAUCUUGGGAUUUCUUUUGAGAGUCAUUUUGUGAAUAAGCCGUUAUUAUAUAUUUGAUGGGAGCUGUAAUACUAGUACUCUAGGUGAAAUAUUAAGUUUUUUAAGGAUUGUAUCCAUUCACCAAGUACCGUAGCGAUUAGAGCUAUUGGCAGAGGUGAUCCUCGUUUUUGCACUGGGGGUUGCGUUCCGGACCCCCACCCCACCCCCGCAAGUCCGCUCCACCGGUUUUUGUGAUCUUUGACAUUUUUGGGCUACUACCGGGUUCAGCGCCAUGCAUGUGUGCGUGAUCACGUGUCAUUUGGACGUGCCUAACUAGGUCAUUGCCUGUAUAUGAGAUGGUUUGCAUAAUCAAAUGUGCCCAUGCCGCCAUUCAAAGCCCACUAAGAUUGAAAACCACAGUACUGUGUUUAAAAGACUUGUGUCUAUGAGAACAUAAAAUGAGCCCAUCUGGUCCAGCAUCCAGUUCCCACGGAUGCCUGGAGGAAAGCUGCAAGCGACCUGAGCAUAAACAAGAGUUCCCUCUUCUCUCCUGCCUCACCCCAGGUUUCAGCAACCGAAGCGUUGCUGCCUCCAUCCAUGAAGGCAGAACAUAGUCAUCAUGGCUAGUAGCCAUGUAUAACUGUAUCCUUCAUGAAUUCACUCAGUCUUCUUUCGAAGGGGUUUCAGCGGAGUGAUCCUGAGGAGCACUUUCACACCAAAUUGUGUUAUAGCGUAUUUUCACCUGGGACCUGCUCUCAGUCUCAGGUCCUUGGCAAGUUUGUGUCCUUAUGAUAUGUGUGUCCCAUUCAUGCUUUAUAUGUUGUGGUGUGUGCUUAAAAUAACUGGAG